AUGGAGCUCUUCACUGUGACCCAGCUUGGCUCCCCAAGCCAUAUCAUCAUUCAGACGGGGACCAAUGACCUGCGUGUCCAACAAGAGAGGCUGGCCACAUCACUAAGGGGAGUGAUAGAUAGGGCCUCCACCAUCUUCCCCCUUGCGAUGAUAUAUCUACCCUGCUCCAGAUGAGAGACACACCACCCUCCACCACUUCUCUCCCAGGAACUGCAUGCAGAUACACUGAGCUAUGCCCAAGCCGUACGCAGUCAAAGAGCCCCAUGCAGAGUUUGGAGCAUCGCCGGCCACACUGCCCUCCACAACACCCUCUUCAAUUCCCCCUACAACGUCCCUCCCAUGUUACCAGAUCAACCCCGCCUCAUCACAGCUCUACAAGACCAGGCCCGCCUCAGGACAGCUCAACCAGACCCGGCCAAUCACAGCACAGCUCUAUCAGACCAGGCCCAUCACUGCACAGCUCAACCAGACCAGGCCCAUCACAGCACAGCUCAACCAGACACGGCCCAUCACAGCACAGCUCUACUAGACCAGGCCCACGUCAACUCAGCCCAGCUAUACACAGCACCGACCACGACCCUGGGGUCUGGCAAAACACUGUUGAGGGUAGUGCACCACAUGAUGCAUUCCACACCAUGUAUCAUUCACAUCAUCAGCCCUCAUAUCCUGAGAGUUUGGAGCUUCGUCAGCCACACUGCCCUCCACACUGCCCUCCUCAAUUCCCCCACAACCUCCCUCCCAGGCUAGUUUUGGUUACCCUCCCUACUCCCAUCCCCAGGACAGGCCUGGGACACUCCUGCCCCCCAUGGCAGCCCCAACCUCACAACAGGAGCCACACCAAGGCCUCCUGUGCACACCCAGAAUGGAGCAUUGGCAACCACUCCAGUCCCCUGUAGUGGCUCCACUCCUUUGGCAGGAGCUUCAUCUGGGUGGACUGAGCUCUGCCAACACUGCUCUCCCAGUUCCUGCCCCAGCCCCUGCAUCCAGCAACUUGAGGGAGGUCUGUCAAAUGCUCAGUCUGCUCUGCUCUCACGUGGUUGGCCAAGGACCUUGGCAAAGUCUCAGCUCACUCAACAAAUAGCUGCAGAUGACCCUAUGCCUGUUAGCUCUUAUGGGAAAGAGCUGAAUACCCCCUCUGUUUAAAUCUUGUAGGGGGCUUGGGCUAUUGCACCUAAAUGUGCGAAGUAUGAUUUAAAAAAUUUACACAAUUAACAUUUGGGUACAGGACUCGUGUCCUGACAUUCUGGAAACAUGGUUAAAUGGUUCUGACUCUGAUAAAUUGAAGGAAAUUAUUAUAAUGUAUUUAGAUGUGGCAGAUUACAGAAAGGGGGAGGAGUGGCCAUAUAUGUCAAAUCUUUGAGCUCCUGGUUGUGUGUCCAUAAACCAGAAUACACAUUUAUUUGUUGCUGGGAUUUUACCGCCUCCCUGCUGCUAUGUCGGAUGCUAUUGGUGCUAUAUCCGAGUGUUUAACACCUUUUUUGUCCACGGAGUUGGACAUUUUAGGGGAUUUGAAUCUGGAUUGGCUAUCCCCGGCCUCAGAUAAAUUUAAGAGUAUAUGCAUUGAUUUUUAUCUGACUCAAUUGAUCUCAAAACCCACACGGCUAAAUGUGAAAAACCCUGUUAACUCCUCAUUGAUUGAUUUAAUUCUUACUAACAACCCUAUUCAUAUUUUUCUAGUGGAGUAUUUGCAUAUGAUCUCAGUGAUCAUUGUCCCAUAGUAUGUAUUAGAGAUAUGAAACAGCAAAAUACUAAUCCUCAUUUAAUUAAGAAGAGACAUUUAAAAUGUUUUCUCCUCAAGGGUUUUUACAUGACAUAUUCUACUCUGAUUUAGCCACUAUCUCCUGUAUUUCUGACCCUGAGUUGGCUCUAGAACAUUUCUCCUCCAUAUUCAUUCUUCUGGCAGAUAAACACACCCCUUUUAAACAAUUCAGAGUCAAAGAUAGAUCUAACCCUUGGUUUUCUUCGGAGCUAUCUGAGCUCAUUCAGAUGAGAAAUCAGGCCUGGGCCAAACCAAGGAAAACUGACUCUGUAGUGGACUGGCAAUCUUUCAGACAAUUGAGAAACAGAUGUACUAUCUCGAUUAAGAAAGCUAAAUCAAGAUACUUUUUAAGCUCUAUCUCUGACUCUGCUGGUGAUCCUUCUAAAUUUUGGAAAACAGUAAAUGCACUGAAACAUACAAAUUCCUCUUCUUCCCUGCCUAAGCAAGUUCUGUCUGACUCUGGCAUCAUAACUGAGAAGAAUGGGAAAGUGAUGCUUUUAAUCAUAAUUUUAUCUCAGCAGGCUUUUUAUUUGAGAGAAACUGUGGUUUGAUUGACCCUGGUCAGUCAAUCGACUGCUCUUCCCUCUGCCAGCCUCUAGCUGACUCGACGAUUAACCCAUCAACUUCUCAUUUAAACAAUUUACUAUCUGUGAUGUGCUAGAUGCCUUGCUUAAAAAAAAAUCCACUGGGGCUGAUAUGCUUGAUCCAUUUUUGCUGCAGCUCUCUGCCCCCCUGAUUGCUGAAUCAUUAACCCAUAUUUGUAACCUGACAAUUAUAUCUGGCACUAUCUCCAAGGUUUGGAAGGCGGCCCAUGUACCUAAAUAAUUAUUGCCCUAUUUCUAAACUUUCUUGCCUAGCUAAAAUAUUAGAAUCCUUGAUUAAUUCUCAGGUAAGAUCUUUCUUAUCUUUGAAAUGUAUUCUAUAUGGACAUCAGUCGGGUUUUAGACCAGGUCAUAGCACUAUCUCUCUGCUGCAUCCCUAGUUAUAAAUUAUGUAGUUAACUGUAUGGAUAAAAGGCAACAUUGUGCUGCCCUCUUCAUUGACCUGUCACAUGCUUUUGAUACUGUUGAUCACGCAAUGCUAAUUCAGAGGCUUUCCUUAAUUGGCCUAGACCAGGCUUCAUGUAACUGGUUUAAAAAUUACUUGACAGAUAGAACUCAAUGUGUAUCUACUGAUGGUGUUAAAUCAGGUUUCCUGGAUAUCACGAAAGGUGUCCCGCAGGGGUCAAUUCUGUGUCCUGUACUUUUUACUGUUUACAUUAACAAUAUCGACAAUAUUGUCUGUAAAAAGAAUUGUAACCUGCACUUGUAUGCCGAUGAUACUGUUGUGUAUGCUAUUGUCCCAACGGUUGACCAGGCGAUAGUCUGCCUUCAUUGUAUUACAGAAAAACUUUAUUGACCUGAAAUUAGUAUUGAAUGCAGGUAAAACUAAGUAUAUGUUGUUUUCUAGAGCACAUAAAAAUAACUCUGAUGAUUUAAGCAUAUGUACUUUGGAUGCUGUCCAUAUUGAUCGUGUCCCUGCUUACAAAUAUCUGGGCAUCUGGAUAGAUGAAAAGCUGUCUUUUAAAAAGCACAUUGAUGAGUUAGUUAAGAAGCUGAGAAUAGAAAUGGGCUUCUUCUAUAGAAAUAGGUCCUGCCUCUCACUAAAUUGUAGAAAGCAGAUUAUUCAGUCGACGUUCCUAACUGUCCUAGAGAAAUAGGUCCUGCCUCUCACUAAAUUGUAGAAAGCAGAUUAUUCAGUCGACGUUCCUAACUGUCCUAGACUAUGACGACAUCAUCUAUAUGAACGCAGCUGCCACUUUAAUAAAGCCGUUAGAUGCAGUUUAUCAUAGCCCACUGCGCUUUAUUACGUUCAAAAAAUGUGGUACUCAUCAUUGCAUUCCCUACCAAAAAGUUGGUUGGCGCUCUUUGAUGUCAUGUAGGUUGAUACAUUGCUACUGUAUGUUUUCAUUUAUUUAUUUAUAAAGUCCCACUGUACUAACAUCUUUACUUUAGACAUACGAGUUACCACACCGGUCUCAGGGAUGGUUAACUCUGGAAACUCCUUUGGUCUCUACUGAGUUAGGUAAAUCAGCUUUUCGUUUUCGUGCACCUAAUUUGUGGAACAAUCUUCACAAUGUUCUUAAAUUUGAUGUUUUGGUGCCUUUAGGGCAAUUCAGAAAGCUGAUUGAGGACCUUUUUACUGAUGGGUGUGUUUGUUUUUUAUGACAUUCAUAUCCAUAAAUAUGCAUUUCUGUGUAGGACAGAUCAGGGACCCAUGAUGUCAUUCCGUUACCAUAAUUCUGUUACCGGGUGUAAAUCCACUUCACUUACUGUAGUUCAAUAACCAAAAUAUAUUUUUUUGUCAUAGCUGGCACCCAAUUCUUUCUGCAGACAUCUUUGAAUCUUAAUUCGGAGCAGAUAUUUAAAGACGUGCUCCGGACCAUUGGUGAUUAAUAAGUAUUUUUUAAACUUCCCACUUUGGGCUGGAUGUGUCAAUGUGUAGUUCAUACAUGCAUAAUCUAUUAGCAGAAUUAUAGUCUUACCUCAAUUAGCCACGAAAUCCCUAGUUUGAAAGCAACUGUUUUUCUGGAAGCUGUGCUGUGCCAUUUUCCCUACAUUUUCUCCCUUGUAGGCCAGCCCCCUAGUAAUUCUAGUUCUAGCCAAUGAGCUUCAGCCCCUCGCCAUUUGAGUGACAGCUAGCAAGAUGCACACACAGCAGACCAAGAGAGAGAGAGAAAUGACGUGGUGCACAUACAGUGAGGGAAAAAAGUAUUUGAUCCCCUGCUGAUUUUGUACGUUUGCCCACUGCCAAAGAAAUGAUCAGUCUAUAAUUUUAAUGGUAGGUUUAUUUGAACAGUGAGAGACAGAAUAACAACAAAAAAAUCCAGAAAAACGCAUGUCAAAAAUGUUAUAAAUUUAUUUGCAUUUUAAUGAGGGAAAUAAGUAUUUGACCCCCUCUCAAUCAGAAAGAUUUCUGGCUCCCAGGUGUCUUUUAUACAGGUAACGAGCUGAGAUUAGGAGCACACUCUUAAAGGGAGUGCUCCUAAUCUCAGUUUGUUACCUGUAUAAAAGACACCUGUCUACAGAAGCAAUCAAUCAAUCAGAAUCCAAACUCUCCACCAUGGCCAAGACCAAAGAGCUCUCCAAGGAUGUCAGGGACAAGAUUGUAGACCUACACAAGGCUGGAAUGGGCUACAAGACCAUCGGCAAGCAGCUUGGUGAGAAGGUGACAACAGUUGGUGUGAUUAUUCGCAAAUGGAAGAAACAAAAAAGAACUGUCAAUCUCCCUCGGCCUGGGGCUCCAUGCAAGGUCUCACCUCGUGAAGUUGCAAUGAUCAUGAGAACGGUGAGGAAUCAGCCCAGAACUACACAGGAGGAUCUUGUCAAUGAUCUCAAGGCAGCUGGGACCAUAGUCACCAAGAAAACAAUUGGUAACACACUACGCCGUGAAGGACUGAAAUCCUGCAGCGCCCGCAAGGUCCCCCUGCUCAAGAAAGCACAUAUACAGGGCCGUCUGAAGUUUGCCAAUGAACAUCUGAAUGAUUCAGAGGAGAACUGGGUGAAAGUGUUGUGGUCAGAUGAGACCAAAAUGGAGCACUUUGGCAUCAACUCAACUCGCCGUGUUUGGAGGAGGAGGAAUGCUGCCUAUGACCCCAAGAACACCAUCCCCACCAUCAAACAUGGAGGUGGAAACAUUAAGCUUUGGGGGUGUUUUUCUGCUAAGGGGACAGGACAACUUCACCGCAUCAAAGGGACGAUGGACAGGGCCAUGUACCGUCAAAUCUUGGGUGAGAACCUCCUUCCCUCAGCCAGGGCAUUGAAAAUGGGUCGUGGAUGGGUAUUCCAGCAUGACAAUGACCCAAAACACACGGCCAAGGCAACAAAGGAGUGGCUCAAGAAGAAGCACAUUUAGGUCCUGGAGUGGCCUAGCCAGUCUCCAUACCUUAAUCCCAUAGAAAAUCUGUGGAGGGAGUUGAAGGUUCGAGUUGCCAAACGUCAGCCUCGAAACCUUAAUGACUUGGAGAAGAUCUGCAAAGAGGAGUGGAGAAAAUCCCUCCUGAGAUGUGUGCAAACCUGGUGGCCAACUACAAGAAACGUCUGACCUCUGUGAUUGCCAACAAGGGUUUUGCCACCAAGUACUAUGUCAUGUUUUGCAGAGGGGUCAAAUACUUAUUUCCCUCAUUAAAAUGCAAAUCAAUUUAUAACAUUUUUGACAUGCGUUUUUCUGGAUUUUUUUGUUGUUAUUCUGUCUCUCACUGUUCAAAUAAACCUACCAUUAAAAUUAUAGACUGAUCAUGUCUUUGUCAGUGGGCAAACGUACAAAAUCAGCAGGGGAUCAAAUACUUUUUUCCCUCACUGGAUCCGCACAUACAGUUGAAGUCGGAAGUUUACAUACACCUUAGCCAAAUACAUUUAAACUCAGUCUUUCACAAUUCCUGACAUUUAAUCCUAGUAAAAAUGCCCUGUCGUAGGUCAGUUAGGAUCACCACUUUAUUUCAAGAAUGUGAAAUAUCAGAAUAAUAGUAGAGAGAAUGAUUUAUUUCAGCUUUUAUUUCUUUCAUCACAUUCCCAGUGGGUCAGAAGUUUACAUACACUCAAAUAGUAUUUGGUAGCAUUGCCUUUAAAUUGUUUAACUUGGGUCAAACGUUUUGGGUAGCCUUCCACAAGCUUCCCACAAUAAGUUGGGUGAAUUUUGUCCCAUUCCUCCUGACAGAGCUGGUGUAACUGAGUCAGGUUUGUAGGCCUCCUUGCUCGCACACGCUUUUUCAGUUCUGCCCACACAUUUUCUAUAGGAUUGAGGUCAGGGCUUUGUGAUGGCCACUCCAAUACCUUGACUUUGUUGUCCUUAAGCCAUUUUGCCACAACUUUGGAAGUGUGUUUGGGGUCAUUGUCCAUUUGGAAGACCCAUUUGCGACCAAGAUUUAACUUCCUGACUGAUGUCUUGAGAUGUUGCUUCAAUAUAUCCACAUAAUUGUCCUUCCUCAUGAUGCCAUCUAUUUUGUGAAGUGCACCAGUCCCUCCUGCAACAAAGCACCCCAACAGCAUGAUGCUGUCACCCCCGUGCUUCACGGUUGGGAUGGUGUUCUUCGGCUUGCAAGCCUUCCCCCUUUUUCCUCCAAACAUAACGAUGGUCAUUAUGGCCAAACAGUUCUCUUUUUGUUUCAUCAGACCAGAGGACAUUUCUCCAAAAAGUACGAUCUUUGUAUCCAUGUGCAGUUGCAAACCGUAGUCUGCCUUUUUUAUGGUGAUUUUGGAGCAGUGGCUUCUUCCUUGCUGAGCGGCCUUUCAGGUUAUGUCGAUAUAGGACUUGUUUUACUGUGGAUAUAGAUACUUUUGUACCUGUUUCCUCCAGCAUCUUCACAAGGUGCUGUUGUUCUGGGAUUGAUUUGCACUUUUCGCACCAAAGUACGUUCAUCUCUAGGAGACAGAACGCGUCUCCUUCCUGAGCGGUAUGACGGCUGCGUGGUCCCAUGGUGUUUUUGCUCCCAAGGAUGAACCAGACUUGUGGAGGUCUACAAUCUUUUUUCUGAGGUCUUGGCUAAUUUCUUUUGAUUUUCCAAUGAUGUCAAGCAAUGAGGCACUGAGUUUGAAGGUAAGCCUUGAAAUACAUCCACAGGUACACCUCCAAUUGACUCAAAUGAUGUCAAUUAGCCUAUCAGAAGCUUCUAAAGCCAUGACAUCAUUUUCUGGAAUUUUCCAAGUUGUUUAAAGGCACCGUCAACUUAGUGUAUGUAAACUUCCUACUUCAACUGUAUGUGACGUAAGUACGCAAUUUUCAGGGACCACUUUUGGUUUCUGAGCGCUAUUUUCAUAACUACCAACUAAAAAGUAUAUAAAUGUUCCGGAGAAAUUACAUUUGUUUUUGUGCAAUUUUCUGUGGAAAUUGUUCAAAGUAGUCCUUGUGCAUAGAGUUGUAUGGUUUGUUUAACUUUGAAAUCAAUGUUUUUUGUUUGGCAUACAUUUUAAAGAUAAUAAAAUGAGUCUCAGCGUAAUUCCGUUAUCGUGGAAUUGCCCUAAAGCAUUCUGCCUGUGUCCCAAAUGGCACCCUAUUCCCAAUAUAGUGCACUACUUUUGACUUUUGGCUCUGUUCACUAUAUAGGGAAUAGGGUGCCAUUUGGGACACAGACAUAUUGUUAGAGGAUUUACAGUAAGGCUAACCCCAUUUAGUCGACUGGUUGAUUGUUUGGUUGAUAUGCUGUUGGUCGACAGAUAAUGGUUUAGUCGAGCCGUUGCAAAAAAAAUGUUUUAUGGCACGUCUUGAUUGACACCUGUCUCAGUGGACUAAACCAUUGCGGAGGCCGCAGGGAUGGCACACCAGUAAUACAUUUACCGUUAAUCCACAUAAUUUCUAAUCUACUAUGUUUGUUUGGUUACCGUAAUUUCUGUUAAUGCAUUCAAUAUAUUAUUAUUUCAGUCUUUUACAGUUCUCAUUGUCAGAGUGGACACGUUUGCAGAGUGCACAACCUAGGCUCUCUCCCUUUCAAUAACCACUUGGCGUGAAAAGGAAAUAAAAUGUCAUGCUCUGAUCUGGUGGAAACGUCAUAAAAUUGGCCUACCUGAUUACUUCUUAUCCCUUGCGGAAACCCUGAGGGUCCAGAAUAUGUUAUACAAUGACUCAAGAGGGAGCCAGAGAUCAAGGUAGACUGAAAAAAAAGUGUUUCCGAGCCUCCACUUCCCCCUGCUGGACCAAGUUGAUAGUUGAUAAAAUUCCUUGCAGACAGGCCACUAUUUCCUUGCAGACAGGCCACUAUUUUUACAAAGUUGCCAAUGGCAAUAGAAGUUAUUUUAAAUGUAUAAUUUUCAUUUAGAUAGAGUUUUAAUUUAUCAAAUGACAAUGAUUUUGAGAUACGAAGACUUUAUUAUAAAAGACAUGAAACUGUUCCACUAAAAUGUUCAUGUGAAAAUCAUAACUGGCAUGCAGAUCGGUAGAAAUUGUAAGAUAAAUUGGCACUCCAAAUGGAAAAGGUUGCCGACAAUUGGUGUAGCCUAUUAACGGUAACUUCGGGAGCGUAAGGGCAGAAGGCCAACAGCAGGGGGAGGUAGAGGCUCGGGAACAGGCUUUUUUCUUCUGGUUAGGCUAUCUUGAUCUCAGGCUCCCUCUUGAGUCAUUUGUGUGUCUUAAUUAUUUAAUCACAGUGUGCUUAAAGCAUCAGGCUAGCUCACUAGCCUACAUAUAGUUGAUUUUAUUAAAAAUGGAAAAAUACACCUUUUAAAAUGUCGACCAGUCGAUUGGUCGAAAGAACAGACAACUCUUGGUCGACAAAGAUUUUUUUUGUCGAGGACAGCCUUAGUUUACAGUAAUAGCAACAGAGCUGGACUGUCGAGGUUGCAUGGACCACUCAGAUACGCCAUAUUCUACCAUGCUAUGACAGAGUGAUCGUUAGCCUAUGCUUUGUUUAAUUUGACUGUAUUGUCAUAUUUUACUGCCCCUCUGGUUGGAUAAUUGUUUAGGAAUGUGAAAGUAUUCGAACAGCAAGAAUAGAUUGGCAUUGAUCCUACUGUGGGGCUCUCGUUUGGUUGUAAGUUCAAGACCUGAAUAUUUCACUUUGAGAAAGCACACAUGCUGCUGCCAAAGCAUGUCCAAACGACAAUGAUUUCUUACUUCCAUCGAAUACUAUACUACUCUUGGCUUAAAAAAUCGUCUUGUUCAAAAGCUGCACUUGGGACAAGAAUAUCUGGUAUGGUCAUAUGGUCACUUGGCCCGGUUUUUAUGGUAUUCAUUCUUGAAUGAACCACGUCUCUCAGCCUGUAUGACAUGCAAUAUCUGAAAGAUUUACCUUGGAACGAUAUACUGCAGGCUGCAGAAUGGAGUAUUUAGAAACAUAUGCUAUCAUUGACCAACAUGCUGUAUAGGUACAUUAAACAAUUUCAUUUUUACUGAGGCACGCACUCUAUAAGGUAUUUUUGAGCUUCAGGCAUGUUCUAGAAAUCAGGGGCCCACGCUGUCUCUUUAUGUACCGUUUGAUAACACUGCGAUUGAACGAAGGUGAUUUAGUGGGAAUAAAUGGGGAGGUAUUUAGGAGGGUUUUACUGUCUUCAACCCAAUGUGUUCUGGGUAAAGGAUUAGACACCGAGCUCUUUUGUGCUGUCUCCAGGAUCGGAUGCAAACCAAUUUGGUCUGGCAGCGCUCUGUUCAUUACCCCAUGAAGGGUUUUACGGCAGCGGCUGGGUUGUGUCGUGGGCUUAGCCUGUGUCUGCUCUGUGACCCCCCUUAAAAUGGGAGCAGGGACAUUUUUUUUGUCUGGAAAGUCCAUAAUAAAUUUAGCAGCAGCGAUAUAAAAUCCUUACAGUUGUGGGUAAUUGUGGUGAGGCUGGGGCUGGGUCUCUAACUGGAUGCUUUAUCUCAGAGGGAGGUGGUGGGGCUUGACCUGGUUUCCUUUGUGGAUGCGUUGUCAUGGGAAACCGUUGUCUCAGCCAAUAGAAGGGUGUUUCUGGAGGAGGGCAGAUGAAAGAAAGCAGCAGUGCAGCUAGAAGACAAGGAGAUAAGGAGCCUGUCUGUCUGUGUCCCACAUGGCACCCUAUUCCCUACAUAGUUCACUACAUUUGACCAGGGCCAAUAGGGCUCUGGUCAAGGGUCCUGGUCAAAAGCAGUGCACUAUGUAGGGUAUAGGUUGCCAUUUGGGAUGCAGACACAGACUGUGUGCCCUCUGUUUAUUGUCUCAGACAAUUGUCAGGCUAACACUGUGUUUGGUGUAGUAGUUCACUGCCGUAGUUUAUUAAAACAUCACAUUGUGGAGCCUUCGCAGUAAAGUGAACGGUGUGGAACAACCUUUAUUGGAAUUGCCAGUGCAUGUAGGCCUAAUUCUGUUGUUUUGUUAAUAUAAUUUGAGGGUGCCUAAUAUAAAUAUGAAAUACCUGAUGUUCUAGGUUAGAUUAGGUCAUUUCCAUGCAAAAGCACCCAUGAGCACCAAUGUGAAGUUCAUAGGAACAUGUCAAAUUGGGUGUCAAAUGAAAGCUAAGAUUCUUUCUUUUUUAUUAAGGCAUAUAUACUGUAAAUUUUUUCACCGUUUUCCAUCCUAAAAAUAAGGAAUAAGCAAAGACUUUGAUUUCUGGUGGAAAGGGGGUCUUAGAAAACAUGUACCAGAAAAAGUCUUAAAAUGUAUUAGAAAUACAGUGGGGAAAAAAAGUAUUUAGUCAGCCACCAAUUGUGCAAGUUCUCCCACUUAAAAAGAUGAGAGAGGCCUGUAAUUUUCAUCAUAGGUACACGUCAACUAUGACAGACAAAUUGAGAAAAAAAAAUCCAGAAAAUCACAUUGUAGGAUUUUUAAUGAAUUUAUUUGCAAAUUAUGGUGGAAAAUAAGUAUUUGGUCAACUACAAACAAGCAAGAUUUCUGGCUCUCACAGACCUGUAACUUAUUCUUUAAGAGGCUCCUCUGUCCUCCACUCGUUACCUGUAUUAAUGGCACCUGUUUGAACUUGUUAUCAGUAUAAAAGACACCUGUCCACAACCUCAAACAGUCACACUCCAAACUCCACUAUGGCCAAGACCAAAGAGCUGUCAAAGGACACCAGAAACAAAAUUGUAGACCUGCACCAGGCUGGGAAGACUGAAUCUGCAAUAGGUAAGCAGCUUGGUUUGAAGAAAUCAACUGUGGGAGCAAUUAUUAGGAAAUGGAAGACAUACAAGACCACUGAUAAUCUCCCUCGAUCUGGUGCUCCACGCAAGAUCUCACCCCGUGGGGUCAAAAUGAUCACAAGAACGGUGAGCAAAAAUCCCAGAAUCACACGGGGGGACCUAGUGAAUGACCUGCAGAGAGCUGGGACCAAAGUAACAAAGCCUACCAUCAUUAACACACUACGCCGCCAGGGACUCAAAUACUGCAAUGCCAGACGUGUCCCCCUGCUUAAGCCAGUACAUGUCCAGGCCCGUCUGAAGUUGGCUUGAGUGCAUUUGGAUGAUCCAGAAGAGGAUUGGGAGAAUGUCAUAUGGUCAGAUGAAACAAAAAUAUAACUUUUUGGUAAAAACUCAACUCGUCGUGUUUGGAGGACAAAGAAUGCUGAGUUGCAUCCAAAGAACACCAUACCUACUGUGAAGCAUGGGGGUGGAAACAUCAUGCUUUGGGGCUGUUUUUCUGCAAAGGGACCAGGACGACUGAUCAGUGUAAAGGAAAGAAUGAAUGGGGCCAUGUAUCGUGAGAUUUUGAGUGAAAACCUCCUUCCAUCAGCAAGGGCAUUGAAGAUGAAACGUGGCUGGGUCUUUCAGCAUGACAAUGAUCCCAAACACACCGCCCGGGCAACGAAGGAGUGGCUUCGUAAGAAGCAUUUCAAGGUCCUGGAGUGGCCUAGCCAGUCUCCAGAUCUCAACCCCAUAGAAAAUCUUUGGAGGGAGUUGAAAGUCCGUGUUGCCCAGCGACAGCCCCAAAACAUCACUGCUCUAGAGGAGAUCUGAAUGGAGGAAUGGGCCAAAAUACCAGCAACAGUGUGUGAAAACCUUGUGAAGACUUACAGAAAACGUUUGACCUGUGUCAUUGCCAACAAAGGGUAUAUAACAAAGUAUUGAGAAACUUUUGUUAUUGACCAAAUACUUAUUUUCCACCAUAAUUUGCAAAUAAAUUCAUUAAAAAUCCUACAAUGUGAUUUUCUGGAUUUUUUCUUCUCAUUUUGUCUGUCAUAGUUGACGUGUACCUAUGAUGAAAAUUACAGGCCUCUCUCAUCUUUUUAAGUGGGAGAACUUGCACAAUUGGUGGCUGACUAAAUACUUUUUUCCCCCACUGUACAUCAAAAUACAAUCAUGUUGAAGUAAAGACCCCUGCCAACUAAUAUCCUCAUUUAUAUUUAGUUUUUUUCUGCCUUCUGUAAGUUUAAGAAACAUUGCCUUGUGCCUUGAAAGUUUUUACUUAUAUCAAUUUUGUUUAUUAAUUAUUAAGUGAUUAAAACACGGAAUUCUGUUACCUAAAUCAGUAACGGAAUUUCUGCAAUUGAAUUGGCUACAAUGGGAAAUCAUAGUAGUCUCAAACCACAGUUGGGUAACCUGCUACUGUCCUCCCUUCCACUGUCAUACUGUUAUGUUCAGCUGAUAAUGGUUUUCUUUCUCUUUCUGUCUUCUGGUGGUCAAAGCAAGAGUGUGAAAAGUCUGGACAACCCCCCCUCUCUUCUCUCUCUCUCUCCAAUUUAUGCCACCUUUCCCAGCCUGGAUUUCAAUGUCCACAGACAUAGUUUUUUGGUUCGGUCCGGACCAGCCUUGAUUUCAACGUCCACAGAUGUCUGGACCGGCUUUCAUUUGGCCCAAACAUGGACGUCCAUAAUUGGUUCAGAUUUGAUCAUUGCUUGACAACCAUUUUUAGGUCUUACCGUAGAUUUUCAAGUAGAUUUAAGUCAAAACUGUAACUCAGCCACUCAGGAACAUUGUUUUAAAGCCACCAUUGGCCUUAUGGUGAAAUCCCUGAGAGAUGUCCUUCCUCUCUGGCUACUGAGUUAGGAAGGAUACCUGUAUCUUUGUAGUGACUGGGUGUAUUGAUACACCAUCCAAAGUGUAAUUAAUAAGUAAAGGGAUAUUCCAUGACUGCUUUUUUACUUUUUACCCAUCUACCAAUAGGUGCCCUUCUUUGCGAGGCAUAGGAAAACCUCCCUGGUCUUUGUGGAUGAAUCUGUGUUUGUAAUUCACUGCUCGACUGAGAGACCUUACAGAUAAUUUUAUGUGUGGGGUACAGAGAUGAGGCAGUCAUUCAAAAAUCAUGUUAAACACUAUUAUUGCACACAGAGUGAGUCCAUGCAACUUAUUAUGUGACUUGUUAAGCACAUUUCUACUCCUGAACUAAAUUAGGUUUGCCAUAUCAAACUUUGUAGUACAUUUUCAAAGGGAUUCGUUGCUUUUUAAAGGCAGUUGCUCUUUAAAGUGAUUCAUGUGCCAAAUGAUAUUAGUGUCAAAGGGUGCGUUUACACAGGCUGCCCUUUUUUUCACAAAUUGAUCAGUCACAUCAGGUCUUUUCACAUCAGAUCUUUUUUAGGGCUGAUCUAACUGAAUUUGUCCAAUAAGAAACUCUAGUUUUUGUUACAAAACAUGUUCCAUUGCAAAACAUUUUGCUACAGUGUGCACUAAUAAAUAGACCCCUUGUGUGUUGCUAUGACAUCAGCUAUACAUCACCGUUGUCUGUAUGAAAACAAGAAUAUGUUCUUGUGUUUGGUAAUGAUUUAAAUUCUAAUCAGAGGUGGUACAGGCCAUCUAUGCACGAACUGCAGUGCCCAGUGAUUGACCCUCAGUUCCUUCACUGUUUCAACAUAUUCCCUACAUAGUGCACUACUUUUGACCAGGGCCCAUAGGGGUCAAAGUAGUGCGCUAUGUAAGGUAUAGGGUGCCAUUUGCAACACAUCCUCAGUCUGUGUGACCGAUUGGAGGUGUCUGCUGCUUUUCCAAGCUCAACCAUCAUUGCCUCUCCUCCAGUCGUAACUGGUGUGUGUUUAAGGUAAAUGUAAUUACUCACGAAGGGAAUUUGGAAAGUGUCCAAACUCAUCCGCCCGCAGAGGUGCGUUAACGUUAGAUAUUAUUAAAGUGAGUGAGUCGUCAUUGCUGUCUGUGUCAGGCUCCGAGGUAAGCACUUACUCCCAGCAAUAAAUUUGACAUGCGUAGUUAUGGAGGAAGGUUUUAGGUUUUAAUGCAAUCAUUCAAAGUGAAGGUUGUAAGCAUAAAGAAUGCCUUUAAAUGUAUCAGAAACAGAUUGGAGAGACAAGGGGGCCUUUGGAGUGCACACAUGGUAACAGAGAGUAACAGAGACUGGGAUGGGCACAUUCUCCCUCCCGACCUCCCUCCCUCUCUCUAUAUCAUGAACUUGUCCUGAUGUCCUGUCCUGUGGUCCCUGUGCCACCCAACUGUCAACCCCAGGAUUACUGCGGCAACAGAUUGCUCUCCUAAUGAUUUACUCCUAACUUCAAAAGCAAACCGGCUGAUGUUUGUGACACUCUGGUGCCGACAAGCACACGUUUCGGUCUGAAGUAAUGAUGAUGGUGGCAUCUCAAACUUAGAUGCGAUCGUUAUUGUGUUAUGUUUUAAAUCAGGUUGAAGUAUUUGGAGGAUUUCAUUUUUUUAUGAUUUGGCUGUGCGUCCCAAAUGGCACCCUUUUCCCUACAUAGUGCACUACUUUUGACCAUGACUACAAUAUUCUGGUGAAGAUGUAGUGUGUCAUGGACAGGUGGUACCUGUGGAGUGCACUUCCCCUGUCUUUACGUAGCGCACCACAGGUCAGGAUGAAGAAUGUCUAUGGAGUUUUAUGGUCAGCCGGGUUAGAAGGUGAGGAAAAAGGGAGAAUCUGAUAUCCAGAGCUGGGUCCUCCUCCCCUCCUCCUUCUCUCCUCCUUUCCUCCCUCCUCCCCUCCCCUCUCUGGAUCCCAGGACAGACGUUUUUACAGGGUUCUGUGGGAUUGGAGGGCUGCCUGCCUCUGCUGGCAGACUGCUCCACUCCAAUGGGCUGGGCUAUACGCUUGGGGAGGACAAGGGUCUUCCACUAAGCUGAGAGGAAAUAGCCUUUGUCAAAUUGAAACAAACGGGAAUCCAUCCUGCCUGGUGCUACGGCCCUCAGCCAUCUGACAGGCCAUGUCAGGAACAGGCAGUAAGACAUCAAGUCAACUCCAUGGGAGGUGAGCUCUUUCUCUCUCUGAGAGGCCUACAGAGUCCUUCUGUCUUCUUCUUCUUGGCUCCUCUGUACUGUUGAGAUAGCACUCCACUUGGUCUACUCUGGAUACUGUGGAAUGUUCUUUGGAGACUGUGUUUGGUAAAUCAUGUUCUUUGAGAACGCGGUGUCUCAUAGCCACAGCAGGUGAUGGUGGACAUGUGCGCUUGUUUUUUGAAUCCUGCCACUUUUGGACACUGUGGGUUUCAUAACACAACAGACGGUCGUCCAGCUGAAGGAACUGAGAGUCCUGCAGGGAGGGAAGGAGAAAGCGAGAGAGAGAGGAAGAAAAGUAGGGAGGGAGAGAGUGGGGGGGGGGGGGGGGGGGGGGUGAGGGGAAAGGGAGAGAGAGUGAGAGGGAGUGAGAGAGAGUGAGUGAGAGGGAGGGAGCGAGAGAGAGAGAGAGAGAUCACAUGGCUUUAUUGCUCAAACAAUGUGGGGCCGUAGGGACAAGUCACCUUAUCUAAUAGAAAUCAAUAGGAAACCAGUGCAUACUUAAUGAUUAGGUAUCUAGAUGUAAUGACUAGUUGCGUGGCGGUUUUCUUGGUCAUUGAUGUCGCGCACAUGCUAUGCUCUGAUUGGGUGCUCUAUAUUGGACUAGACAAAUCACUGCAUAUUUUGGUCAGAUGAUUCUGCAAAUAUUGAGUAGUAUACUUUUUCCUGUCUAUUUUGUCUAAGGUUAAAAGGGCAAUCUGGGACUAAUACAAUUUUGUUUGAUUUUGAUAUCACGGAUGGUCAGUCCUUGCAUGACUGACGAGUCACCUUGAAUUUAAUUUCGCUGCUCUGUUUGACUUCAAAAUGAAAGGCGCUGUACAAAACAAAUUCAUUAGUGAUUGGAUUGUCUCUAACAAAUUUAACCAAUCAGAGUAUCAAAGUUGAUAACGUCAUCAUGUUGGCCGGCUCUGGCCCAACCCAUCAGUUUCUAGGACCAAUCAGAACGGUCAGAAUGUUUUUACAUUCUAUAAAUCAUCAGGGAGGGAGGCAAAUCCAGACUCAAUGUGGAGAACAAACGUCAGUUGGCCAGAGUGAUGUUGAUGGGUAGCCAGGCAAUGCAUCCCUAGCUCUGUCUAGGAAUUUGAGAGUGGCUAUAUUUCUCCAGCUGCCCCAUCCCUCAGCUGUUUACCCAAAAAAGUGGCGGGGUUCCUGCUUUGUUGUUUUUCAAAUCCCAGAAUGCCCUUUUAAGCAUGAAUCAGAUGAGAAGCGGCUGUUGUUUGUAGACAUGAACUUGAACACACUGGGGUGAUUCAGUGCUGCUGUGUGUUUUCCACAUCACGCUGGGGUGUAGUGUGGAGAAUGCUCUUCAUCCUCCAGCUCGUUCGUUGUGCUAGCUGCUGCGUUAUGAUCGAUGCCGUUGCCUCGCCUCUCCCCCUGUGUUUUUGUGCGGUCGAGUAGAUCAAGAGAGAUAGCCUAAGGAAAGUGGCCAGGCACUGGUGUGACUACCAAGUCUGUAUGUGGUGCAAAGUCAAUGAGUGGUAGAAACUAUUGUAAUAUCCCAGCUAGCACAUAAUGUUCUGAGAAUCAUAUGUUUCUUAGAGCUUGGUGAGAGCAUGGUUGUCCUAUGGUUAUUUUGCAUACAACCUUACCACAAGUUUCUGGGAAUGGUGCAGGAUAGUUGCUUGGUUUUGGAACAUUCUCAGCACGUUUAAAGGCCCAGUGCAGUCAAAAACAUGAUUUUCCUGUAUUUUAUAUAUAUAUAUCCACACUACGAGGUUGGAAUAAUAUUGUGAAAUUGUGAACAUUAAACAGUGUAAGAGCUGUUUGAAAAGACAGAGCUGUUUUGGUGGGAUGGAGUUUUGACAUCACAAGGUGGUAAAUUAGGUGAUAGACCAAUGAGAAAGAGAGUUCCAAACCUCUCUGCCAAUAACAACACGUUUUCAGUUUUCCCCUCCUCACUCAUACCACUGCCAGACAGUCCUAGCAAAAUUGUUACGUGAGAAAUUGCUCUUUGCUAAGAAGCAUUAUUUAAUUUUUUGACCAUUUUCAUUGAAAACAAUCACAGUAAGUUACGUAAUUGUUAACCAGAAAAUAUUUGAUAUUGAGAUUAAAACGGCUGCAUUGGUCCUUUAAGGAACUUGACAGAAAAAAAACAUAUUUUCUUGGUAUUUCAUUACUUUAACAGAACGUUUCCUAAAAGUUCAAACAUGGUAAUGUUCUAGAAAAGUUCUCCAACUGGUUUGACAUUGAGAAUGUUCUGAAAUAGUUCAGAGAACGUUAAGAAACAAUGUUCUUCUGUGGGUAUUUCAGUACUUCAGCUUAACGUUUUCUACAGGUUUCCUCAUGGUUCUAUUUAAAACUUUUCAUCCUAUAGCUUGUUCUCCAUCUUCUUUUUAAAUAGUGAGAUAUUUUCAGUAUUGACAAAAUGAUAAGCAGUCUUUUUUAAUAACUUGAUGUUCCUAAACAGGCUUCCUACAGGCACUGCCACUUUUCAUGCAAUGGGCAUCGCACAUAAUGAGUCUAAACGUUUCACAGAAGCUGGACAAAAAUAGCCUAAUGUCCAAUAUAAAUUUAAAAAGGGAAUGUCUGUUGACUGUUUUUCUGCUCCUGAUAUUUUAAUAAAACAUUGGUGAGGUACAUAAGGCUACUGUGUGUGCCUCCACUGGCAAAAUCAAUUGCAUUACCGCUAAGACCAGCUUUUCGGUCUUAAAUAUCCCUAGUUGCGCUCACUGAAAUUGCCAUAUUGGCACACAUUUUUAAGGACAGACCUCAAAUAUGUCCACCCCCCACCAGCCGAACAUAGAGCCAAUAGUGAUAUGUUUGGAACAUCAAAUUACAAUAACAUUUCAGUAUCAAAUCGCAAUACAUAUAGAAUCGUGAUAAUUGGAAUAAGUAUUGUAUCGGCACCUAAGUAUCAUGGUAAUAUCGUAUCGUGAGGUCCCUGGCAAUUCCCAGCACUAUCGGAAAAGUUAUGUUGAAUGAACCAUGCCAGGCUUUAACAUCGAUAUUACAUGUAUGUGACUACAGUGUGUGGGAUGAAAAAGAAGGCCUAUAGAGACCUCUAGCAGAGAAUUCUGUUAGGCCUUAUCAUUGUUUGUUCCAGUUCCAAUUACAUGUCAUUGACUUCUAAAAACUUUGAAGAAAAAGUUCUCAGGGUCUGGGAAUAACUUUGAGCAGAAGACCGAGCUUGUCUUUGUGUCAUCAUCAUCAUCAGACUGUAGUUAUGUGUUCCAUUUGUCCAGGAAUGUAAAUCUCUUAAUGAGAUUAUAGAAGAUGAAAGCUGAUUGUCUGAAUCAUGUCCUGAUCUGUCUCUCCUCUCCAGGGUCCUUCAGGAACGAUGGGAUUAAGGCAUCAGAUGUCCUGCCUGUGCUGAAAGAGAAAGUGGCCUUUGUGUCAGGUAAGUGCCCACGUCCCAAAUGGCACCCUAUUUCAUAGCCCUAUCGGUCCUGUUCCAAAGUAGUGCACUACAUAGAGAAUAGGGUGCUGUUUGGGUUGCAGCCUGUGAUGCUUCAGCUUGACUAAUCCACUAUGGGAAAUCAUGAAGAUGUUUUCUGUUCUAGCUGUCAGUGUUCAUGGCAGACCUGUGCUGAGGAAAUUCCCAUGGCAAGCAAGAUUAGUAGUACAUGACAAGCAUGUUGACAUUUAACCAUCGGCACAACAACUUUCAUGUGCAACAACUUCCUGUUACACUAUCGUCUUCAUGUAGGGGUGUAUUCAUUAGUGCACACCGUGGCAAAACGUUUUGCAACAGAAAAUGUUUUGCAACGUAAAGAGUUUCUUAUUGGACAAGUUCAGGUAGGUCCCUCCCCGUUUUGGCCCUUUUCCUUCCGUUUAGUUACUAGGGAAUGUACCCCUGGUGCUCCUUUUGUCUCUUUGACACCAUUGUAUACGUAUGGGACAGGAACAACAGCACACGGUACAUCAGGACAUGUGAUACGCCAUUAGUUCAGACUAGGGCUGUGGUCGUCAUUACAUUUUGUCAGCGAGUUAUUGUCACGCAAAAGACUGCCGGUUUCACUGUAAUUGACGGUUAAUUAACAUAAACACGUUUAGCAUCUCCAGGCCUCCACACAUACAAGAUGCAUAGAAGCCGCUGAUUCGCACACCUUUGGAACAUCUACAUUUAAAAAGUCUAAUAAAUCAAUUUAAUAUACACCAUCACAAUAAAUCCAUUAUUUAUUUUAGUCAGGUCUAAAGAAACAUUAUGAUAUGAAGAAACGGAAUAUAGUUGGCCUACUGUAUGUUAUAUGGCUAAAUAUAAGAACACUUAUUUAACUCCACGCAUCAACCACUGUUUGAGGAGCAUGCUCUCGCUGCGCGACAGGUGAUAUUCUGCCCAAACUCUGUAUGCCAUGGGCUCUCCAACCCUGUUCCUGCAGCUACCCAGUGCUUAAUUUGGGAAACCAAGUGAAAUCUGUUCGGUAACAUCGAUAAAAACAUGUUUUCGCAACGAAACAUAUUUCACUAAACUGUUGACAGCCCACUCGAGUAAGGAGUAAAGGAGAGAGAGGAGGAGAUGGAAACGCAUGGUGGUGAGAGUGGUCAGAGUGGUUAGAGGGACAAUAGAGCCUUGAUUACCAGGCCAUUACGACCUGAUGGUUGUUAGCAAAUUGGGUACUACCAACACAUGUCCAGAGGGCAUAAAGGGAGAUUACCAUGACUCAUGACUGCCGGUAUGGCAGUAAUACGGUCACCGCAACUGCCCUAGUUCAGACAGGUCAUACCUUUGCUAAUUCCUUACAGAUCAUAGUGGCUGUUGAGAGACUGAAACGAGAGAUCACUCAUUCUAUGGUCACUUAAGGUGAAGAGCCUUAGUGCUCUCCUCUGCAUGCGUCCCAAAUGGCACCAUAUUCCCUAGAAAGUUCACUACUUUUGACCAGGGCCCAUAGGCCUGUAGUGAAUGGGGUGCCAUUUAGGACACAGACAGUCUCAUUCAGAGGAAGAUAUCACCCCGGUCAUUUCUACUGUACAGGACAUGCUCGUUACAGAGUUCAACAGUACCAUGGCAGACCUGGGUUUAAAUACUAUUCCAAAUCUUUUGAAUACUUUUAGUGUUUGUUUUAGCCUGCCUGCAGUUUUGCAAGUAUUCUAUUGGCUCUAUUGCCGCAGGCAAGCUCAAUCAAGCACAGCUACAUUUGAAAUUAUUUCAAAUAGUGUUUGAACCCAAGUCUGGACAGUGGAGAUUUAAAUAUCCAUGAAAAUUGCUCAUUAAUACAAUGCUGUUGGCCAGAAUCCCUCUUAGUACAAUGCAGCCAGCCGUGUGACUAAAAACGUUUUUUUACCUUUUGUUUAAUCGUUUUUGACUCAUCUCUCAAUGAACAGGGUAACCAGGCCAAAUGCUGGCAAAGAGAGCUGGCGGGGAACUGGACAUGACUGGAGCGCAGUUGUAAAAACAAGCUAAACGCCAUGUAAAAUAGAGAAAUUCUCAUUUAGUCUAAUACACAUAAGGCUGUUAACUCAAGGCAUAGAGAAUAGAUAUCUCACCUCUCCCUAUCUCGUUCCCCCUCUCUCUCUCUCUCGCUCUCUCUAUCCAUCUCUUUCUUGCUCCCUCCCGCUCUCUCUCUCUCCUGGGAGAUGGAACUACUCUGGUAUGAGUAGUAUCUCACUGAGGUUUUUUUCUCCCCAAAAUACAUCACAGAGGUUCCCUCAGAAGCAGUAGAGUAAUAUUGUUGGCCUUCUCUCUGAUGAGGCCCAGUGUUUGGGGGGGGGGGGGGGGGGACCUUGAGGAUGAAAGACUGGUGGACAUUUGUCAGGGAGUUGAGGGGAGGGUGAACCAUAGGGGAGCUCCGCCAUCCGAGGGGGUUGGUGCUUCCAAAAAGUGUCAACAAAGAUCUGUCACCACCCUCCCUCUGGGACGCUGCUGCUGCCUUGCCUCCCUGCCCCCAUGUCUGCCUUCCUGGUGCUGCUCACAAAGUCCCAUGAGCACCAGUGAUAAACAAAUGUGCACUGUACUUCAACCUCAAUCUGGUCAUGCAUCUCUCCACACAUGGGAUGCGUCCCAAAUGGCACUAUAUUCCCUAUUAUCAAAUCAAAUGUUAUUUGUCACAUGCGCCGAAUACAACAGGUGUAGACCUUACCGUGAAAUGCUUACUUACAAGCCCUUAACCAACAAUGCAGUUUUAAGAAAAUAGAGUUAAGAAAAUAUUACUAAAUAAACUAAAGUUAAAAAAUAUAUAUAUAAAAUAAAUAAUAAUAAUAUUAUAGUGAACUACUUUUGACCAUGGGUUCUGGACAAAAGUAGUACAGGGAAUAGGGUGCCAUUUUGGACAAAUACCUAGUAAAUAAGAGAUAUGAAGACAGAGCCUUUCUACUCUCAUUAUGUUGUAUAUCAUGUUAUACUGUAAUUGAUCUAUACAGGCACUUUGAGAGAAUGCUGAGAAAAUGGAGAGAUGUUUUUGGGCCCUGGUCAAGAGUAGUGCACUAUACAGGGAAUAGGGUGCCAUUUGGGAGGAACCCUGUGUGCACUUAAAGCUCUAUCUAUAUCUGCCAUAGGGCUUUCAUAAAUCAGGAGAUUUCUGCUGUCUGUGUUCCUAAAGGAGGCCGUGAUAAGAGAGGUGGCCCCAUACUGACCUUCCCUGCCAGAAGCAACCAUGACAGAAUAAAACACGAGGAACUGCGGCGGCUGGUGACCUAUCUCUCCACUGUGCCCAGGUAAGAACAGAGGAUAUGUAUCUGAUUGAGGAUAAGUUUAGCUUUUUAGAUCACAAUGAAUAAGAUUACAUGGACAGGUGGGACCUGAUCCUAGAUCAGCGCUCCUCCGACUCUGAGACGCUUGAUACAUACGGCCGAUACUGCCCCUGGACUAUCUGACCGUGCUAAUGUAAACAUGGCUUAAUGUAUGUGGCUAGCUGGAGGAAGAUGCUGUAUCCAUGUACAGUGCCUUCAGAAAGUAUUCAUACCCCUGGACUUAUUCCACAUUUUGUUGUGUUACAGCCUGAAUUCAAAAUGGUGUUAACAAAUGUUCUCACCCAUCUGAGCACAAUACCUUAUAAUGACAAAGUGAAAACAUGUUUUUAGAAAUGUUUGCAAAUUUAUUGAAAAUGAAAUACAGAAAUAUAUAUUUUACAUAAGUAUUCAAAUCAAAUCACAUUUUAUUCGUCACAUGAGCCGAAAUCAACAGGUGUAGACCUUACUUACAAGCCCUUAACCAACAAUGCAGUUCAAGAAAUAGAGUUAAGAAAAUAUUUGCUAAAUAAACUAAAGUAAAAAAAUUAAAAAUAAUAACACAAUAAGAUUACAUAACAAUAACGAGGCUACAGUUGAAGUCGGAAGUUUACAUACACCUUAGCCAAAAACAUUUAAAAUCAGUUUUUCACAAUUCCUGACAUUUAAAAAUUCCCUGUCUGUCACGGUUUCGGCCGAGGCUGCUCCUUCUCCUUGUUCGGGCAGGCUUCGGCGGUCGUCGUCUCCGGAGUACUAGCUGCCACCGUUCGAUGUUUCUAUGUUUGAUUGGUUUUGUCUGUUUUGCUACACCUGUUCCUUAUUAGGCGUCCUAUUUAGUUCUCUUGUGUUUGGUCAGGUGUUGUGUGUAAUUGUUCCUCGUCACGUUGUGUGCUAAUUCGUUAUUUCUGUUCUCUCUGUAUUUUGUGUUUUAAGAGAGAGAGUUCCGCACUUUGUGCGCCUUAGCAUACUUUACUGUUGUGCGUAAAGUUCACCUGUAGCCUGUUGCCGUGUUUGGCUCGUUUUUUUGGACUUUACUAAAGACGCUGUUCGAAACCUCUGUGUGUCCUGCGCCUGAUUCUACACCACCUCUACACUCAACCCUGACACUGUCUUAUGUCAGUUAGGAUCACCACUUUAUUUUAAGAAUGUGAAAUGUCAGAAUAAUAGUAGAGAGAAUGAUUUAUUUCAGCUUUUAUUUAUUUCAUCACAUUCCCAGAGGACAUUUCUCCAAAAAGUACGAUCUUUGUCCCCAUGUGCAGUUGCAAACCGUAGUCUGGCUUUUUUAUGGCGGUUUUGGAGCAGUGGCUUCUUCCUUGCUGAGCGGCCUUUCAGGUUAUGUCAAUAUAGGACUCGUUUUACUGUGGAUAUAGAUACUUUUGUACCUGUUUCCUCCAGCAUCUUCACAAGGUCCUUUGCUGUUGUUCUGGGAUUGAUUUGCACUUUUCGCACCAAAGUACGUUCAUCUCUAGGAGGCAGAACGCGUCUCCUUCCUGAGCGGUAUGACGGCUGUGUUUAUACUUGCGUACUAUUGUUUGUACAGAUGAACGUGGUACCUUCAGGCGUUUGGAAAUUGCUCCCAAGGAUGAACCAGACUUGUGGAGGUCUACAAUUUUUUUUCUGAGGUCUUGGCUGAUUUCUUUUCAUUUUCCCAUGAUGUCAAGCAAAGAGGCACUGAGUCUGAAGGUAGGCCUUGAAAUACAUCCACAGGUACACCUCCAAUUGACUCAAAUGAUGUCAAUUAGCCUAUCAGAAGCUUCUAAAGCCAUGACAUCAUUUUCUGGAAUUUCCCAAGCUGUUUAAAGGCACAGUCAACUUAGUGUAUGUAAACUUCUCACUGGAAUUGUGAUACAGCGAAUUAUAAGUGAAAUAAUCUGUCUGUAAACAAUUGUUGGAAAUAUUACUUGUAUCAUGCACCAAGUAAAUGUCCUAACCGACUUGACAAAACUAUAGUUUGUUAACAAGAAAUUUGUGAAGUGAUUGAAAAACGAGUUGAAAAAGUGUAUGUAAACUUCCAACUUCAACUGUAUAUAGAGGGGGUACCGGUACUGAGUCAAUGUGUGGGGGUACAGGUUAGUCGAGGUCAUUUGUACAUGUAGGUAGGGGUAUGCAUAGAUAAUAAACAGCGAGUAGGGGGGCAUUUGAUUAAUUGUUCAGCAGUGUUAUGGCUUUGGGGUAGAAGCUGUUAAGGAGCCUUUUGGAACUAAACUUGGUGCUCCGGUACCGCUUGCCGUGCGGUAGCAGAGAAAACAGUCUAUGACUUGAGUGACUGGAGUCUUUUACAAUUUUUUGGGACUUCCGCAGACACCACCUAGUAUAUAGGUCCUGGAUGGCAGGAAGCUUGGCCCCUGUGAUGUAUUGGGCCGUACGCACUAUCCUCUGUAGCGCCUUACGGUCGGAUGCCGAGCAGUUGCCAUACCAGGCGGUGAUGCAAUCGGUCAGGAUGCUCUCGAUGGUGCAGCUGUAGAGCUUUUUAGGGUCUGAGAACCCAUGCCAAAUCGUUUCAGUCUCCUGAGGGGGAAAAGGUGUUGUCGUGCCCUCUUCACGACUGUCUUGGUGUGUUUGAACCAUGAUAGUCUGUUGGUGAUGUGGACACCAAAGAACUUGACACCCCUGAGUCAAGACUCAGCUGUGAGUCUUUCUGGGUAAGCCUCUAAGAUCUUUCCACACCUGGAUUGUGCAACAUUUGCCCAUUAUUAUUUUCAAAAUUCUUCAAGCUCUGUCAAAUAGGUUGUUGAUCAUUGCUAGACAAUCAUUUUCAGGUCGUGCCAUAGAUUUUCAAAUAGAUUUAAAGUGGAACUGACAGCGUUUUAACUACUUUGCAGACGUGAAACAAACAGACAAUCAUAAUACCAGUCAAAAAUAUCAAAUUCCCAGUUUAUGCUACAAAAUCUACUAUAUAAGAGGUUUUAAAAAUAGGUUAUAUUUGACUCAACAUUCCAUGACAUUGUUGGCAGAAUAGAUGGAUGCAGUUCAAUGCAUAAUUAAUAUAAUUCACCAUUGCAUUUCUUGGUAGUCCAAAAAAAUAUUGCUAUUAGGUUGUAAAUCACAGCUGGCCUGGUACAUUGUUUGCUGCCUCCAGUCGGCAUGCACUGUUUCAGUUUCAAUGACUCAAUACUUUGGACAAAAACGGACGAAUGUAACUAAGGCUGAGAAUGUCAGUACAAUCAAACUAGCAAGGACAAUGAUAACGUGGCUAAUAGGCUAGCGUAUCUGUUUAUGUAGCAAGCUAAAAACACGGACCCUAACGUUAGCUAGCUAGCUGAUAGGAGGAUGUCAUGUCACGUCAUUGGAGGAGUGGGUGUGAUUUCGUAACUAGCAAGAACUUGAACGACUAUUAUCCAGUCAGUAUAUCUCUUGCGUUCGCAAAUUUCAGAGCACUCUCGUCUAAGUGUGCCAGAGCGCAGAAUAACUGAUGAAUUUACGAAUGCACAACACCUGCUGAAUAUGACCGGUGUCAGUAAAUGUAGGCAUAAAAAAGUACAGCUUAGCUAACCAGCUCUGCUAGGGCAAGUAAAAUGGUCAGAGUUGUUCUCUCAUCUGUGUCUGGGAGUGGCUAGCUAGCAAGCUAUUCAACUUUAGCCAGUUAGCUUGGGUGCUUGGUUGCAGGCAAGCAGCAGAAGUACGAAUAGGCUACGAUUCCCCAUCAUUUUUGUGUGCAAUUGUGACGGCCAACUAGUUGUAACUGUUUGAGAGGGUUUAUCUAAUGCUCCUUCGUUAGGUUUUAUCUCAUCUUGCUCUGGCUAGCAUUAGUUGUUGAUCUUGUUGUUGUUGAUGUGCAUAACUGAGGGAGAGAGAGCCUACCUUUUCAUGGUGUUUGAUCAAUAGGACUGUAAAGUUCCCAAAUGUAAGAGGACUUCCGUGGUAUUGACAUAUUUGCAGAAAUCUAUUCAGGUGUACUUUGUGGCUUUUGGCGAAUACGUUCUAAUUAUCUAAAGUCGCGCUGUUGCAACUGCCUGUAAACACACAGUCCAGUUCAAAGUGAAUGAUGGCAGGCCUGUGUGGCAAAUGGCUUGUUUGCAUAAAGGCCUACUGUUGCUCUGAUUGGCUAUGGUUCACCGGUCUGCGUAGACUCCGGUCCUGGACAUGCGCUGGCUUGAGCAGGGGGACCUUGCGUGCGCUGCAGGAUUUUAAUCCAUGACGGCGUAGUGUGUUACUAAUGGUUUUCUUUGAGACUGUGGUCCCAGCUAUCUUCAGGUCAUUGACCAGGUCCUGCCGUGUAGUUCUGGGCUGAUCCCUCACCUUCCUCAUGAUCAUUGAUGCCCCACGAGGUGAGAACUUGCAUGGAGCCCCAGACCGAGGGUGAUUGACCGUCAUCUUGAACUUCUUCCAUUUUCUAAUAAUUGCGCCAACAGUUGUUGCCUUCUCACCAAGCUGCUUGCCUAUUGUCCUGUAGCCCAUCCCAGCCUUGUGCAGGUCUACAAUUUUAUCCCUGAUGUCCUUACACAGGUCUUGGCCAUUGUGGAGAGGUUGGAGUCUGUUUGAUUGAGUGUGUGGACAGGUGUCUUUUAUACAGGUAACGAGUUCAAACAGGUGCAGUUAAUACAGGUAAUGAGUGGAGAACAGGAGGGCUUCUUAAAGAAAAACUAACAGGUCUGUGAGAGCCGGAAUUCUUACUGGUUGGUAGGUGAUCAAAUACUUAUGUCAUGCAAUAAAAUGCAAAUUAAUUACUUAAAAAUCAUACAAUGUGAUUUUCUGGAUUUUUGUUUUAGAUUCCGUCUCUCACAGUUGAAGUGUACCUAUGAUAAAAAUUACAGACCUCUACAUGCUUUGUAAGUAGGAAAACCUGCAAAAUCGGCAGUGUAUCAAAUACUUGUUCUCCCACUGUAGACAAAGCACAACAAGGAAUAUACACACCCUGACUCAACAUAUAAUAUAAUAAUAAUAUAAUAUGCCAUUUAGCAGACGCUUUUAUCCAAAGCGACUUACAGCCAUGCGUGCAUACAUUUUUUUUUUGUGUAUGGGUGGUCCCGGGGAUCGAACCCACUACCUUGGUGUUACAAGCGCCGUGCUCUACCAGCUGAGCUACAGAGGACCAUAUAAGCGUCCCCUGGGCGUGACAGUACCCCCCCCCCCCCCCCAAAGGUGCGGACUCCGACCGCACAACAUAAACAUAACAGGGUAGGGGCCGGGUGGGCAUUCCGCCUCGGAGGCGGAUCCGGCUCGGGGCGUGACGACCUCUCACUCUCCGCCUCCCUGUUGCGCCUCUGGUCUGGACCUCGGCGCGCUGCUUCCCCUCUCCUUCCUCCCACGAUACGCCAGGCCCUGUCUGGACCCUGGUGUGGGAGACCCCGAACCUGAAGAGGGGCUGACGUCAUGGUCUGGACUGGAGCCGCUGACCGGAGCUGGACUAGGCACCGUUGGAGCGGACUGCUCUGGCUCCGGAGUGGAGCCGCAGACCGAAGCUGGAUCAGGCACCGGUGGAGUGGACUACUCUGGCUCCGGAGUGGAGCCGCUGACCGGAGCUGGACUGGACCCCGGUGGAGCGGACUGCUCUGGCUUCGGAGUGGCGCAGCUGACCGGAGCUGGAUCAGGCACCGGUGGAGCGGACUGCUCUGGCUCCGGAGUGGAGCAGCUGACCGGAGCUGGAUCAGACACCGGUGGAGCGGACUGCUCUGGCUCCGGAGUGGAACAGCUGACCGGCACUGGAUCAGGCACUGGUGGAGCGGACUGCUCUGGCUCCGGAGUGGAGCAGCUGACCGGUGCCGGACCAGGCACUGGUGGAACGGGCACGGGCCGUGCCGGACUUGACAAACGCACCACUGGUCUGGUGCGAGGAGCAGGCACGGGCCGGACCGGACUGGGAACAUGCACCACUGGCUUGGUGCGAGGGACAGGGCCGGGCUGGACUGGCGACGCGCACCACUGGUUGGUGCGAGGAGCAGGAACAGGCCGGGCCGGACUGGCGACGCGCACCACUGGCUUGGUGCGAGGAGCAGGAACAGACCGGGCCGGGCUGGCGACGCCCACCACUGUCUUGGUGCGAGGAGCAGGAACAGGCCGGGCCGGGCUGGCGAUGCGCACCACUGUCUUGGUGCGAGGAGCAGGAACAGACCGGGCCGGGCUGGCGACGCCCACCACUGUCUUGGUGCGAGGAGCAGGAACAGGCCGGGCCGGGCUGGCGAUGCGCACCACUGUCUUGGUGCGAGGAGCAGGAACAGGCCGGGCCGGACUGUGGAGGCGGACUGGAGGUCUAGAGCGGAGAGCUGGCACAACCCGUCCUGGCUGGCUGGCCACUUUCGCACUACACGUGCGGGGUGCUGGCACAGGACGCACUGGGCUGUGCACGCGCACUGGUGAUACAGUUCGUAGAACUGGCACAGGAUAUGCGGGACCGAGGAGGCGUACUGGAGACCAGGAGCGUUGAGCCGGCACACCCCGUCCUGGCUGGAUGCCCAUCUUUGCACGGCACGUGCGUGGUGCAAGCACAGGACGUACAGGACUGUGCCGGCGCACAGGUGACACAGUACGUAGCUCCGCAUAACACGGAGCUUGCCCACUCAUACGCCUCUUCGCGUGAGUACGGGGAGUUGGCUCUGCUCUAACCCUAGGCUCCGCCAACCACCCCGUGUUCCCCCCCCAAAAUUUUUUAUUGGGGCUGCUUCUCGGGCUUCCUCCUCCACCGGCCUCCUCCGUGUUGCCGUUGCGCCUCUCCUGCCUGGGCAUCUAACUUAGCCCAUGGUCCUCUCCCCGCAAAUAUCUCUUCCCAUGACCACAAAUCGGCCACCUGUGACAUGGCCAUUCGCUCCGCCUGGGCACGCAGCUUGGUCCUCGUUUGGUGGGAUCUUCUGUCACGUUCGUUUAAUGACGGGACAGACCAAGGCGCAGCGUGAUAUAUGUACAUGUUUAUUAAACCAAUAAACACUCUAUAAAAUAAUAAACGAAACGAAACGUGAAGUCCAAUGUAGCACACACAACAUACCUUACAAGGAACAAGAUCCCACAACUAGACAGUGCCAAUAGGCUGCUUAAGUAUGGUCCCCAAUCAGAGACAACGAGCGACAGCUGCCUCUGAUUGGGAACCACACCGGCCAACAUAGAACUAGACAUACUAGAUCCUAAACAUAUACAAAGCACAACAAGGAAUAUACACACCCUGACUCAACAUAUAAGCGUCCCCUGAGUCAGGGCGUGACAUUAAUAACUUCACCAUGCUCAAAGGGAUAUUCAAUGUCUGCUUUUUUUUUACCUGUCUACCAUAGCUGCCCUUCUUUGCGAGCCAUUGGAAAACCUCCAUGGUCUUUGUGGUUGUAUCUGUGUUUGAAAUUCACUGCUCGACUGAGGGACCUUACAGAUAAUUGAAUGUGUGGGGUACAGAGAUGAGGUAGUCAUUAAAAAAUCAUGUUAAACACUAUUAUUGUACACCGAGUGACUCCAUGCAAUUUAUUAUGUGACUUGUUAAGCACAUUUUUGCUCCUGAAUUUAUUUUGGCUUGCAAUAACAAAGGGAUUGAAUACUUAUUAACUCAAUACAUUUCAGCUUAAAUGUUUUUAUUAAUUUGUCAAGAUUUCUAAAAACAUAAUUCCACUUUGUCACGCCCUGGCUCGGGGGACUCUCGUAUGUUGAGCCAGGGUGUUAGUUUCUAUGUUUUGUUGUGGGUUCUAGGUUAUUGUAUUUCUUUGUUUGAGUGACUCCCAAUCAGAGGUAACGAGUGUCAGCUGUUGGCUCGUUGUCUCUGAUUGGGAGCCAUAUUUAACUAUCUGUCUUUCACGUUGUGUUUGUGGUUUCUUGUUCAUUUCGGUUCGUGUUAAACCGUAGACGUCACGUUUUCGUUUGUGUUUUUGAUCGUGUGAUCAGUUAUAGUAAUAAAAUAUGUUCACCUUCAACGCUGCGCAUUGGUCCUCCUCUAUGUAUGACGAUCGUGACAGAAGAAACCACCAAGAUGGGACCAAGCAGCGUGUUCAGGAGCCAUCGCCAGGGAGAUCCCUCACAGAUCUCCUUCGCCUCCUGGACUGGGUCAAGCCGAGGGAGGAAGACAAGGGCUUGACAUUAUGGCAGAAGGGCGAGAAGCUGGCGAGGGAUAUGGAGACGUGGUCCACGGGUAGGAGAGACGCCCCGAAAAUUUUUAGGGGGGGGCUCACGACGGCGGACCAGCAGGAGGCCGCGAUAGAGCGGUCCAGUGGGUUGCCGGAGAAGGCCGCCGGGUUACGGGGGCCACUGGUAGAAGAGGGGAUGGAAGGUGUGGAGGCACGGCGAGAGGUACUGGCGUGUGUUGCCAGUCCGGUCCGGCCCGUUCCAGAUCCCGGUGUAGAGCCAGUGGUGUGUGUCCCCAGUACGGUCCGGUCUAUUCCUGCUCCCCGCACCGAACCUGCGGUGCGCGUCGCCAGCCCAGUCCGGCCCAUUCCUGCUCCCCGCAUCAAGUCUGUGGUGCGUCUCGUCAGCCCGGCUCUGCCCGUUCCUGCUCCCCGCACCAGGUCGGGGGUGCGCGUCGCCAGCCCGGUCCGGCCCAUUCCUGCUCCCCGCGUCAAGUCUGUGGUGCGUCUCGUCAGCCCGGCUCUGCCCGUUCCUGCUCCCCGCACCAGGUCGGGGGUGCGCGUCGCCAGCCCGGUCCGGCCCAUUCCUGCUCCCCGCGUCAAGUCUGUGGUGCGUCUCGUCAGCCCGGUCCGGCCCAUUCCUGCUCCCAGCACCAAGUCUGUGGGGCGGUUCGUCAGCCCUGUCCGGCCCGCUCCUGCUCCCCACACCAAGCCAGUGGUGUGCGUCGUCAGUGCAGCACGGCCCGUGCCUGUUCCCCACACCAAGCCAGUGGUGUGCGUCGUCGGUCCGGCACGGCACGUGCCUGUUCCACUGGAGCCGGAUCCGCCGCCUAGGCGGAGUGCCCACCCGGUCCCUCCCCUGUUGUGUUUCGUUGGCGCGGUCGGAGUCCGCGCCUUUAGGGGGGGGUACUGUCACGCCCUGGCUCGGGGGACUCUCGUAUGUUGAGCCAGGGUGUUAGUUUCUAUGUUUUGUUGUGGGUUCUAGGUUAUUGUAUUUCUUUGUUUGAGUGACUCCCAAUCAGAGGUAACGAGUGUCAGCUGUUGGCUCGUUGUCUCUGAUUGGGAGCCAUAUUUAACUAUCUGUCUUUCACGUUGUGUUUGUGGUUUCUUGUUCAUUUCGGUUCGUGUUAAACCGUAGACGUCACGUUUUCGUUUGUGUUUUUGAUCGUGUGAUCAGUUAUAGUAAUAAAAUAUGUUCACCUUCAACGCUGCGCAUUGGUCCUCCUCUAUGUAUGACGAUCGUGACACACUUUGACAUUAUGGGGUAUUGUGUGUAGGCUAGUGACAAAAAUCUCAAUUGAAUACAUUUUAAAUUCAGGCUUUAACACAACAAAAUGUAUGAAUACUUUCUGAAGGCACUGUCUGUUGACACACGGCAUACACAUCAGAGCUUACUUCAACAUGCCUAUUGUAUCAAAUUAUUGUUUGUUUUAGAGCAAAAGUUUUGUUGUCAUAAGGAGAUGGUUAUCCAUGGUGUGUCAUGAGAUGUAGACAUUGACAUUAUUUGGGUAAAUAUUCUUACAGGAAAUUAUUUUGUGAUUAUAAUUCUCAGAGGAAAAAGGUUGACAAUGCUCCCACAGCAAAGUGAAUGGAAAUGAUACAGUGGGGAAAAAAAGUAUUUAGUCAGCCACCAAUUGUGCAAGUUCUCCCACUUAAAAAGAUGAGAGAGGCCUGUAAUUUUCAUCAUAGGUACACGGCAACUAUGACAGACAAAAUGAGAAAAAGAAAUCCAGAAAAUCACAUUGUAGGAUUUUUUAUGAAUUUAUUUGCAAAUUAUGGUGGAAAAUAAGUAUUUGGUCAAUAACAAAAGUUUCUCAAUACUUUGUUAUAUACCCUUUGUUGGCAAUGACACAGGUCAAACGUUUUCUGUAAGUCUUCACAAGGUUUUCACACACUGUUGCUGGUAUUUUGGCCCAUUCCUCCAUGCAGAUCUCCUCUAGAGCAGUGAUGUUUUGGGGCUGUCGCUGGGCAACACGGACUUUCAACUCCCUCCAAAGAUUUUCUAUGGGGUUGAGAUCUGGAGACUGGCUAGGCCACUCCAGGACCUUGAAAUGCUUCUUACGAAGCCACUCCUUCGUUGCCCGGGCGGUGUGUUUGGGAUCAUUGUCAUGCUGAAAGACCCAGCCACGUUUAAUCUUCAAUGCCCUUGCUGAUGGAAGGAGGUUUUCACUCAAAAUCUCACGAUACAUGGCCCCAUUCAUUCUUUCCUUUACACGGAUCAGUCGUCCUGGUCCCUUUGCAGAAAAACAGCCCCAAAGCAUGAUGUUUCCACCCCCAUGCUUCACAGUAGGUAUGGUGUUCUUUGGAUGCAACUCAGCAUUCUUUGUCCUCCAAACACGACGAGUUGAGUUUUUACCAAAAAGUUCUAUUUUGGUUUCAUCUGACCAUAUGACAUUCUCCCAAUCCUCUUCUGGAUCAUCCAAAUGCACUCUAGCAAACUUCAGACGGGCCUGGACAUGUACUGGCUUAAGCAGGGGGACACGUCUGGCACUGCAGGAUUUGAGUCCCUGGCGGCGUAGUGUGUUACUGAUGGUAGGCUUUGUUACUUUGGUCCCAGCUCUCUGCAGGUCAUUCACUAGGUCCCCCUGUGUGGUUCUGGGAUUUUUGCUCACCGUUCUUGUGAUCAUUUUGACCCCACGGGGUGAGAUCUUGCGUGGAGCCCCAGAUUGAGGGAGAUUAUCAGUGGUCUUGUAUGUCUUCCAUUUCCUAAUAAUUGCUCCCACAGUUGAUUUCUUCAAACCAAGCUGCUUACCUAUUGCAGAUUCAGUCUUCCCAGACUGGUGCAGGUCUACAAUUUUGUUUCUGGUGUCCUUUGACAGCUCUUUGGUCUUGGCCAUAGUGGAGUUUGGAGUGUGACUGUUUGAGGUUGUGGACAGGUGUCUUUUAUACUGAUAACAAGUUCAAACAGGUGCCAUUAAUACAGGUAACGAGUGGAGGACAGAGGAGCCUCUUAAAGAAGAAGUUACAGGUCUGUGAGAGCCAGAAAUCUUGCUUGUUUGUAGGUGACCAAAUACUUAUUUUCCACCAUAAUUUGCAAAUAAAUGCAUAAAAAAAUCCUACAAUGUGAUUUUCUGGAAUUUUUUUCUCAAUUGUAUGUCAUAGUUGACGUGUACCUAUGAUGAAAAUUACAGGCCUCUCUCAUCUUUUUAAGUGGGAGAACUUGCACAAUUGGUGGCUGACUAAAUACUUUUUUCCCCCACUGUAGAUACAGUUUACAUACAGUACCAGUCAAAAGUUUGGACACCCCUACUCAUUCAAGGGUUUUUCUUUAUUUUUACUAUUUUAAAAUUGUAUAAUAAUAGUGAAGACAUCAAAACUAUGAAGUAACACAUAUGGAAUCAUGUAGUAAACAAAAAAGUGUUAAACAAAUCAAAAUAUAUUUUAUAUUUGAGAUUCUUCAAAUAGCCACCCUUUGCCUUGAUGACAGCUUUGCACACGCUUGGCAUUCUCUCAACCAGUUUCACCUGGAAUGCUUUUCCGGAGUUCCCACAUAUACUGAGCACUUGUUGGCUGAUUUUCCUUCACUCUGCAGUCCGAAUCAUCCCAAACCAUCUCAAUUGGGUUGAGGUCGGUGGAUUGUGGAGGCCAGGUCAUCUGAUGCAGCACUCCAUCACUCUCCUUCUUGGUAAAAUAGCCCUUACACAACCUGGAGGUGUGUUGGAGCAUUGUCCUGUUGAAAAACAAAUGAUAGUCCCACUAAGCCCAAACCAGAUGGGAUGGCGUAUCGCUGCAGAAUGCUGUGGUAGCCAUGCUGGUUAAGUGUGCCUUGAAUUCUAAAUAAAUCACAGACAGUGUCACCAGCAAAGCACCCCCACACCAUAACUCCUUCAUGCUUUACGGUGGGAAAUACACAUGCGGAGAUCAUCCGUUCACAUACUCUACGUCUCACAGACAUGGCGGUUGGAACCAAAAGUCUCCAAUUUGGACUCCAGACCAAAGGACACAUUUCCACUGGUCUAAUGUCCAUUACUCGUGUUUCCUGGCCCAAGCAGGUCUCUUCUUCUUAUUGGUGUUCUUUAGUAGUGGUUUCUUUGCAGCAAGUCGACCAUGAAGGCCUGAUUCACACAGUCUCCUCUGAACAGUUGAUGUUGAGAUGUCUGUUACUUGAAGCACUUAUUUGUGCUGCAAUUUCUGAGGCUGGUAACUCUAAUGAACUUAUCCUCUGCAGAAGAGGUAACUCUGGGUUUUCCAUUCCUGUGGGGGUCCUCAUGAGAGCCCGUUUCAUCAUAGCGCUUGAUGGUUUUUGCGACUGCACUUGAAGAAACUUUAAAAGUUAUUGAAAUGUUCCAUAUUGACUGACCUUCAUGUCUUAAAGUAAUGAUGGACUGUUGUUUCUCUUUGCUUAUUUGAGCUGUUCUUGCCAUAAUAUGGACUUGGUCUUUUACCAAAUACGGCUAUCUUCUGGAUACCCCCCCUAACUUGUCACAACACAACUGAUUGGCUCAAACACAUUAAGAAGGAAAGAAAUUCCACAAAUUAACUUUUAAGAAGGCACACCUGUUAAUUGAUCAUUACACAGGUACAUCUUGUGCUGGGGACAAUAAAAGGCCACUCUAAAAUGUGCAGUUUUGGCACACAACACAAUGCCACAGACGUCUCACGUUUUGAGGGAGCGUGCAAUCGGCAUACUGACUGCAGGAACGUCCACCAGAGCUGUUGCCAGAGAAUUGAAUGUUUAUUUCUACCAUAAGCCGCCUCCAAUGUCGUUUUAGAGAAUUUGGCAAUACGUCCAACCGGCCUCACAACCGCAGACCACGUGUAACCACGCCAUCCCAGGACCUCCACAUCCGGCUUCUUCACCUGUUGAUCAUCUGAGACCAGUCACCCAGACAGCUGAUGAAACUGUGGGUUUGCACAACCGAAGAAUUUCUGCACAAACUGUCAGAAACCGUCUCAGGGAAGCUCAUCUGCGUGCUGGGUGACUGGAUGACAUGGGGACUGUUUGAAUAGACAAAAAUUAACAGCUUUGUAUGAGUAAAAAAAUAACAUGGCAUGCUCGCUCCAUCCUGUUGGCGCAGUGGACUAAUUCCAUGGAUAGAGAACAGAAGAUCAUAGGUUUGAAUUCCUCUGUGCCACAAUAAAAAAGAAAUGUGUUUGAAUGAUUAAUGCCUAAGUAAAUGAAUUUCCAUGUGUCCUAUCUGUGCUUGGAGUUCAAAACAGUUAACCCAAACUAAGCUUGCAGUGUUAAUAAAAGUCUUAUUGAAACAUGUCCUCAGAACAUUCUUUAAUUACCUUCAAAUAACCUAGAAAUUCCGUUCAGGGAACCAUAGUAAAACGUUCUCAGAACCUCCCUGCAACCUAAAAAUGUACUUUCCCUGAACAGGCGAAAUUUUCACUUCCCCCUAUUUCUCCCCAAUUUCAUGAUAUCCAAUUGCGAUCCAAUUACGAUCUUGUCUCAUCGCUGGAACUCCCCAAUUGUCUCUGGAGAGGUGAAGGUCGAGUCAUGCGUACUCCCAAACAUGAUCCGCCAAACCGCGCUCCUUAACACCUGUCCGCUUAACCCGGAAGCCAGCCGCACCAAUGUGUCGGAGGAAACACUGUAUGACUGGCGACAUGAGUCAGCGUGCAUGCGCCUGGCCCGCCACAAGUAGUUGCUAGAGCACGAUGGGAAAAGGAACCCUCCCCUUACCCGGACGAUGCUGGGCCGCCUAAUGGGUCUCCGGCCGCGACACAGCCUGGGAUCAAACCUGGGUCUGUAGUGACGCCUCUAGCACUGCGAUGCAGUGCCUUAGACCGCUGCACCACUCGGGUGCACCACCCUACCAGUCAGGAAAUGUAUGGUCAGGAAACUUUUGAUGAAGUACUGAAAGAUCCAUUACUAUUAUGUUUUAAUUACUCAUAUAUAAAUGGAAAACUGUUGGACACACAAAAAGAGGGACUGAUCUCUCUCCUGCUGAAGCAGGAGCCAGGGGGGCAAUACAAAGACCCAGCCUCUUAAAUAAAUUGGAGGCCCCUCACCCUUCAAUUUUGCGAUGCAAAAACAUUGGCAAAAUGUAUUGCUCAUAGAAUAAAAAAGGUUCUACCGGACAUUAAUCAUCACGAUCAGACGGUAUUCUUAAAAGGAAGAUAUAUAGGAGACAACAUUAGACUAUGAGCAUGCAGGGAAACCAGGUAUAGUCUUUAUAACAGCAUUUAUUUUACCCAUCUUAUGAGAGAUUCUCCAAAGUUGAACAAAAAUCCAGGCACUUAUAAACCGAUUCUAGACGUACUGUCUAGAAUCGGUUUAUAAGUGCCUGGAUAAAAGAUGUUCAACAAUCCUUUAUGCAAAAUAAUAAAUAACAGUUACUUCUCUGAUAACAUUUAAUUGUCAAGAGGUGUAAAACAAGGUUGCCCUCUGUCACCAUACCUAUUUUUUUAUGGCCAUUGAACUGUUAGCUUUAAAAAUCUGAUCUAUUGAUAACAUUCAAGAAAAAAAUAUAUAUGGAUUAGAGACAAAAGUAUCGAUGUAUGCAAAUUAUUCAAGUUUUCUUGUGUCCUCAAUCUUCAACCUUGAAGGGCCUAAUUUAGUACGUGGAUAAUUUCUCCAGUUUCUCUGGACUAAACCCCAAUUAUGAUAAGUGUGCUAUAUUACGGAUUCGGUCUCUAAAAGACACAAAUGUUAAAUUACCAUGUGGUCUUCCGAUUUAACUAUGAUAGAAAACUUAGUAAAAUAGAUAGAAUCUUGAAACCGUGGAGAGGGAAACACCUAUCCAUUUACGGGAAUAUUACCCUGAUUAAUUCUCUAGUGAUAUCACAGUUAACAUAUUUAUUCUUGGAUCUACCAACUCCAGGAGAAUCAUUUUUCGAAUAAUGUCAAAAUAAAUAUUUCCCUUUAUUUGAAAUGGCAAACCAGAUAAUGUUAAACAAGUAUAUUUAUAUAACGAACAUGAGUUUGGAGGGUUAAAACUAAUAAAAGUUAAGGCAUUAAACCUCUCUCUUAAAGCCUCCAUUGUACCGAAAUUGAAUCUAAAUCCAAACUGGUUAUCUAGCAAGCUACUAAGAGAUGCCCAUCCUAUGUUUAAGAGUGUGCUCUUUGCCUUUUUGCAGAUUAAAAACUCACAUUUUCGGUGUAUUGACAAUGGAUGCCUGUUUAAAGUAGCAUCCUUUUUAAAUGAAGUCAUACAGAGUUGGCUACAAUUGAAAUGUCGUCUUCCAGAAAAGGCAGAUAUAUUAUUACAGCAAAUAAUUGGCUAAAUUCCAAUGUACUGAUAGAGAAAAAAACUAUUUUCUAGAUAAAAAAAAGAAGGGUAUAAUAUUUAUGAAGGACAUUGUAAACAAGGACGGUAAGAUUGUCACACAAGCAACUAACAACAGUGUAUGGAAGUGUAUGCUCAAUACAAAUUAUUACCAACUCAUUGCGGCUCUGCCACAAAAUCGGAAGAGAUAAUUACUUAAAGAAGAAAUUAAAGAAUUAGUCUGUCUGCCAUCCAUAAAAAAAUCAUAAAUGGCUUAAAAUGAUUACUAUAAGUCAAAGAAUGUAUCCGUUUCACUUAAAGCCAAAAGGUUUGACAGCAAUGCCGUAUAAAAUUGAAGUCAGUUGGGAACAUGUCUUUGAUGUCCCAAUACCUUGGUAUCGGGUAUAUGAACUGAUAUAUAAAACAACAAUUGACACAUCAAUCCGUUCGUUUCAAUUUAAGCUAUUAUAUAAAAUACUUCCUACUAAAAGAAUGCUCAAUCGCUGGCUUUAAAAAAAAUCAGGUCCAGGAAUGGUUGUUACAGGGCCUUCAGAAAGUAUUCACACCCAUUGACUCUUUCUCCCAAAACAUUUUAUUACAGCCUGAAUUUAAAAUGUGUCACUGGCCUACACAUAUAUAUACCCCAUAAUAAUAGGAGAAAACUGAGGAUGGAUCAACAACAUUGUAGUUACUCCACAAUACUAACCUAAUUGACAGAGUGAAAAGAAGGAAGCCUGUACAGAAUACAUAUAUUCCAAAACAUGCAUCUUAUUUGCAAUAAGGCAGUAAAGCCAUUCUUACCACUCUUCAUAUUUUCAAGCAUGGUGGUGGCUGCAUCAUUUUAUGGGUAUGCUUGUCAUCGGCAAGGACUAGGGAGGAUACAAAUAAAUGGAAUAGAGCUAAGCACAGGCAAAAUCCUAGAGGAAAACCUGCUUCAGUCUGCUUUCCAACAGACACUGGGAGACAAAUUCACCUUUCAGCAGGACAAUAACCUAAAACACAAAGCCAAAUAUCCACUGGAGUUGCUUAACAAGACGACAUUGAAUGUUCCUGAGGGGCCUAGUUACAGUUUUGACUUAAAUUGGUUUCAGAAUCUAUGGCAGGACUUGAAAAUGGCUGUCUAGCAAUGAUCAACAACCAACUUGACAGAGCUUGAAGAAUUUAAAAAAGAAUAAUGUGCAAAUAUUGUACAAUCCAGGUGUGUAAAGCUCUUAGAGACUUACCCAGAUAGACUCAGAGUUGUAAUCGCUGCCAAAGGUGAUUCUAACAUGUACAGUAUUGUAAAAUAUAUAUUUCUGUAUUUCAUUUUCAAUACAUUUGCAAAAAUGUCUACAAACAUGUUUUCACUUUGUCAUUAUGGGGUAUUUUGUGUAGAUGGGUGACAAAAAAAAUCUAUUCAAUCCAUUUUGAGUUCUGGCUGUAACACGACAAAAUGUGGAAUAAGUCAAGGGGUACUUUAUACCAUAAUAUCAGGGUUCAGAUGGACCUGCAAACUGUAUUGUUUGGGGAUCUGAAAAACCAUGAUCAGUCAAUGGGAAAUAUCAUUAUACUAUUGGGUAAAGUAUUUAAAGGGCAAUAUCGGUAGAAAUGUUACAGAUAGGGAGGUUCUGGACCCUCGUAAGACAUCAGAGUAAAAUGGAGGGAUGUAUUGCAAAACGAAAUAGCAAAAUUGCAUUAUACUGGGAAAUAUGGGUAAAUCUGUGGAUUGGAGUUAAAGGAAAAUUCCACCCAAAAACUCUAUUUUGGUUUUUGUUUCAUUAGUCCAUUGUUGACAUAGUCCCAAAAUGUUUUGCUUGUAAGCAAUCAAAUUUUCAAGAUAUGUAACUUUCAAAAUACAGAAAUCCUCCUCGUAUGAUGUAUUUUGCAUCAUAUGAUGCAAAAUGCAUCAUACAGGGAGGAAUGGUGGAUUGGUCACUGUGGGUGAAAAUACAGCACUUGCAGAAAGAGGAAAUUAGGAAUACAUGUAUAAUUAUUUAACUACAUAUACCGUACAUAUGAAAAUAGCUGUAAGUAGCAGUAGAAGUAUUGUUGUCUGUUAGUUUAUUCCAAUCAGGAUAGGGAUGAUAGGGUUGGGGCGGGGAGUACAAAAAGUUGUGAGAAAGUACAAAAAUGUACUUUCCCACAACUUCCAAGGAACCAAAUGUGAUAGCUGGGGAGUCGAAGUGUUCCCAUUUUCAACCAUUUUAUGUGUCUGAAGGUACAAACUCCGCCUACCCGGUGGGCCUGGAGAGCAAAUCAAGUGCACCUAUAGGUCUACCGCUGGCCAAUCAGAUAGCUCAUAUCACCGUGCCUGCAGCGCCCACGAGCCCACAGCGAAGUUGAUACUGUGACAUUUCAAAACUUUUAAAACCAUGACUAGAGAGAGACUUAAACUAAUACAGCAAAGAGCUGCUGUUAUUAUGAGUGAGUUUUUAUUCAGCACUGUCAACACUUUAUUCAACAUUUACAUUUUAGUCAUUUAGCAGACGCUGUUAUCCAGAGCGACUUACAGUUAGUGAGUGCAUACAUUUUUCAUACUGGCCCCCCGUGGGAAUCGAACCCACAACCCUGGCGUUGCAAGCACCAUGCUCUACCAACUGAGCUAUAGGAGCCAUAAAACGCGCUCCUCCCUAUCCACUCCGGCAACAAAGUGUAUCGAUAGGCUUGCAUUGUUAUUAUUAGCGGCUUGUCUUUUUUAAUAUUGAGGAAUAUUUCACAUUUUCUGGACACAGGAGUAAAAACAUGAAUUUGUGCAUUAGGCAGAAAUAAUGAAGUGCGACUCGAGUUUCACCAUCAGCUGGAAGUGUCUCGUCUUAGUGGAGGGAAGGAGAGCUGAGGGAUGGUGAGAGGCAGCCUCUCCCUCCCUCCAUCCCUCCCUCCCUCCCUCCCUCCUUUUGCUGAGCGACUGACCAUCAGAUGCAGGCACCAUCAGUCCAGUAAAAUAUGUAAUUUAUACUGAAGUAAUACAAUCAGUGACCAGUGUGAUCAUAUACCUCAGGUUUUGAAAUAUAAUUUCUAAAUGGUCUGAGAAGAACCACAUUGGCAGGGCAAUUCAAGCAUAGCCAAUAUGCAUUAAUAAUGUAGCCUACUGCACAAACCUCAUUGCUACAUAACUGCUUUUAAUAGGUUAUUAAUGUUGCAUAGGCUUACAUUUUUUAAGGCAUGUAAAAAAAAAAAACUUGCUUUUUGACUCAAAGUGAUCUCGGCUCAGAAAAGGUUGGUGACCACUGGGGAAGGAGAUGCUUCAUGUAAUAAAGGGUGUGUCCCAAACGGCCCUGGUCGAAAGUAGUGCACUACAUAGGGAAUAGGGAUCAAUUGGGAUGUAUACAUUUUCUCUUGUUUGUCCCCCAGUCUUCCAGCACAAAACGAUGCGGAAAGAAUCAUAUUAAUUCCAGAAGUAUGGGAGGCUUGAGGAGCAGGGCAUGUGGCGGGCCAAAGCAAUUACAGGUUAUUUUUAUCUUCCAAUCACAGUGAAAUGCUUUCAAAGCAUCGGGACCUAAGAAUAGGGGGGGGGGGGGGGGGGGGGGGGGGAAAUUUAAACGCGAAUCCCAACAAAUAAGCCUAUUACAUCUGAAGAGGACACGCCCAGUAGGAGAUAAUUAGAUACGUGUGUGAUAGUCUAUCAUUUGUAUGAUAAUCCAAAAUGAAAGAGCUUAACGUCGAUGACAGGCUUGUCAGAGAGCUAGACUCAUGGGAGCUAAUCAUCACUCUGAAGGUAGAACCAGCGGGCCUAUUUAAAAGAAGUCCAAUUGAAUAGCGCUUGUCAUUUAGUCACAGCAGUUAAAACUGUUCCGGUGGUGUAAUGGCUUUAGCAUCACCGUGGUUGGCUCGGAGUCCAGGGGAGUCAAGGGACCAAUUCAGAUCUAAAUUGGCUGAAGGACAUUAAGUAGGGAGUGUUGGAUGGUGAUGUUGGAUAGUGUGGAGUGCCGCCCUAGCCCGACCUAGGCUCCCUUGGAGUGGGUGUGAUGUGGAGGGCAUGCUGCGUACUAACGGUUGGUUCUCUCUCACCCUCACUCUUUCUCUCUCUCACUCUCUCUCUCUCUUUCAUUCUUUCUCUCCUUUUCUCUCUCACUCGCUAUCUCUUCUUCGCCCUUUCUCUUUCUUUCUUUCUCUCUCUCUCUCUCUCUCUCUCUCUCUCUCUGUCUCUCUCUCUCUCUCUUACUCUCUCCUCUCUCGCUUUACUCUUUCAUCUCCUCUAUCUCCCAGUGAGGACGUGUGCAAGCGGGGCUUCACAGUGAUCAUUGAUAUGCGCGGUUCCAAGUGGGACCUGAUCAAGCCUCUACUGAAGACCCUGCAGGAAGCCUUCUCUGCUGAGAUCUGCGUGGCGCUCAUCAUCAAACCGGACAACUUCUGGCAGAAGCAGAAGACCAACUUUGGCAGUGCCAAGUUCACGUUUGAGGUAAGGGAGAGCUCAGCUUGGGCAAAAACUGAGCCUUGUUUUAGUUGGCAUGUCUGGUUGCCCACUGUUUAAAAUAUUUUAUAUUUCUCUAGUACAGGCAUUUUCUCUAGUCAGCAUGCCUGUUUUGAUUAUGGUGAUUAUGUAUUUCAUCCAGAGUUGAAUAGCACAAUUUUGUAUUGUGAUGUUAUCACAGGACUAUAAGCGCUACUUGACAACAGUCGUUAAUUUUGGUCUGUCUAUAAAGUGGACAGGAAGCACAGACCCGUGUUUUCAAAGGGACUGGUGAGAAAAGAAUGCAGAAUUAUUAUCCCCCCCCCCCACGAUUUUCCCAUAUUCUCUGCAUGUAACGCUGUACAGAGGUCAGCCAUUAGUAGUGUGCUAGGUAGUGUGAGGUUAAGCUUACACCCCUCGGUCCUCCCCUUUCUCAUUCCUACCAUUCACAGUGAAAUGUAGUGCUAAUGAGAAACAGAAUUGCUGCAUUCCAAAUGGCACCCUUGACCCUUUAUAGUACACUACUUUUGACCAGGGCCUAUAUGCCUCUGGUCAAAAGUAGUGCUCUAUAUAGGGAAUAGGGUGCCAUUUGGGACACAUCCAAUGAAGCCUGUAUACGUUUUGGCGAACCUCUUGAUUGUGUGCUGUUGAGCGGGUCGAGAGCUUCAAGUUACUCAGUGUCCACAUCACUAAGGAAUUAACAUGGGUCACACACACCACCACAGUCGUGAAGAAUUUUCAGUAGGCUGAAAAUAUUUGGCAUGGGCCCUCAGAUCCUCAAAAAGUUCUACAGCUGCACCAUUGAGAGCAUCUUGACUGGCUGCAUCACCGCUUGGUAUGGCAACUGCUUGGCAUCCGACCGCAAGGCACUACAGAGGGUAGUUUGUACAUCACUGGGGCCUCUAUACCAGGCGGUGUCAGAGGAUGGACCUAAAAAUUGUCAAAGACUCCAGCCACCCAGGUCAUAGACUGUUCUCUCUGCUACCGGCCGGCAAGCGGUACCGAUGCACCAAGUGUGGAACCAACAGGACCCUGAACAGCUUCUACACCCAAGCCAUAAGACUGCUAAAUAGUUAACCAAAUAGCUACCCAGACUAUCUGUAUUGACCCCCCUUUGCAGUAACUAUUUUGACUCACCACAUACGCUGCUGCUACUGUUUAUUAUCUAUCCUGUUGCCUAGUCACUUUACCCCUACCUAUAUGUACAUAUCUACCUCAAUGACCUUGUACCCCUGCACAUCGACUCGGUACUGGUACCCCUUGUAUAUAGCCAAAUUAUCAUCACUCAUUUUGUAUUUAUUCCUUGUGUUAUUAUCUUUCUAUUCUUUUUCAAUUUUUCUCUCAGCAAUGUUGGGAAGGACCCGUAAGUAAGCAUUUCACUGUUAGUCUACACCUCUUGUGUACGAAGCAGGUGACAAAUCACAUUUGAUUUUGAUUUGAUUUGACAGACUAGCAUGGUGUCAGUGGAGGGCCUGACUAAGUUGGUGGACCCAUCCCAGCUGACGGACGACUUUGAGGGCUCUCUGGAGUACAACCACGAGGAGUGGAUGGAUCUGCGCGUGGCCCUGGAGGAGUUCAUGGGCUCGGCCGUGCACCUCCUCUCCCGCCUGGAGGACCUCCAGGAGCUGCUGGCCAAGAAGGAGUUCCCGGUGGAUGUGGAGGGCUCACGGCGGCUCAUCGACGAGCACACGCAGCUCAAGAAGAAGGUGAUGAAGGCUCCCGUGGAGGAGCUGGACAGGGAGGGCCAGAGGCUGCUUCAGUGUAUCCGCUCUAGUGAUGGGUUUUCUGGGAGGAACUGCAUCUCGGGUAGCGCUGACUUCCAGAGCGUGGUGCCUAAGAUCGCCAGCCUGCUGGACAAGCUGCACUCCACCAGACAGCACCUGCACCAGAUGUGGCACGUCCGCAAGCUCAAGCUGGACCAGUGUUUCCAGCUCCGCCUCUUUGAGCAGGACGCGGAGAAGGUGAGUGACCAAACUCAGAGGUCUAGAAACACAGUCACAAUAAAACAAUUUGAGCUGAGUUGAUCUCUGAAUUGAAAAUCUUUAUGUCCAUUGAAAUAUUUUAUGGAAUGGACUUUUGUCUUUAACUCGUGGUUAAAAAUGAGUAAAUCUAAGUAAUAUUACAAACAAAACAUCAGACAACACAAUAUAGAUGAUACCAAUGAUCUCUGCUAACAGAAUAACAAAAAUGAACCCACAGUACAUUAAAGACACUGGUGAUUUGAUAUGCAAGCCGUUUAGCUAGUAAGACCAGUCUAAUUGUCAAACGUGUGAUUUGUAUACAGUAAGGCAGACAAACGUUGACAUGGAAUUUAUAUUAAAAGGUUGCAAACUGAUUGAGAGGUUUUUCGCAUAUAAAUAUCCCUGAACCUUAAUUGCUAAUAUUUAUCCUAGGGACACAUCGUGAAAGUCCUCAGUAUGACAACAAAUAACAAACUUUGGACUAGAUGUGAUGUGAGGUCUAGGGUACAUCCCAAAUGGCCCUCAAUCCCCUAUUGUAUAUAAUGCAAUACAUUUGACCAGAGCCCUAUGGGCCCUGGUCAAAAGUAGUGCACUAUGUAUGGAAUAGAGUGGGAUUUGGGACAGAGCCUUUCUCUGUUUAUAUUGAGGGCCUAAAUACAUAAACGCUGCCAUUUUGUUUAUUUCUUUGAAAUGCAUAUUAAAUGGGAUAUAAUAAUAGCCUAUGCUUUUAGAAGGAUAUCUGCUUUUACAAGAUUUUGAAAAAAAAAAACAGAAUGGUUCAGUACAUAAUUCCCUGAGAUGCUAUUUUUAGGGAAUAAACAUGUAUUUUGCCCACUUUUCCAAUUUGUGAGGUAUUUCUGUGUGUAUUAAAAACGAUUUAUUCUCAUCUACACACAUAUCUCCCUUGACAAUGGCAGUAAUGUUGUCCAGAUGAACCCAAAGGUACAUGUAAUAAUUUCAUAAAGUAUUUGUUAGGUCUCUGAAAAGCUUCCAAGCUUUUAAAGGAAAACCUCACAUACCCUAAAUACCCCAAAACUCAUUAGGAAUAACACAACAACAACAACAACAACAAAAUGACCUCAUGUUAGGACCUAUACAGCUCUGGGAAGGUCAGAGACACAGGUGAGCCUGUAAGAAAAAGGUGAAUGUAUUUAGAUGACAAUGAUGAUCACAUACUCAAAACAAUAUUUUACAUUGCCAAGUCAUUUGCCAUUUCUCAAUGCAACAAAUGAACUAAAACAAAUAAACUAAAGUAAAAUGGCCACACAGCUAGUGUAUACAGAGAGGAUGGAAGAAAAACUGCAUUCUCCUAACCAUACAAUAUUCUCUCCAAUCCUUCAAGCCCACACUCCCCCCAAUAUACCCUACAAUGAUGAAUUAGUAGGCCAUUGCCUGGUGGACUCUAGACAAAGGCCUUCAUUUGGAUAAGUGCAGUCAGUCCCUUUUCUAAUGACAGUGGAGCCCCAUGGUGCCUCUGAUUAGGCCAGGCACAGAUAAUUAUUAAUUUCCCUGGGGACAAUGCCAAUCAAGGCCUGGCACACGUACUGUGUCUGUCCCUCCAUGUGUCCUCUCCAAUUGGUCUGGGAUUGGUUACUAACGCUGUACUAACAAUGUGUUACACAACACAUAGUCGAGCAGGAUAGCUACAGCAGUUCACCUACUGGUCAUAUUGUAAACUCAGAUUCCAUAAAACUAUUUUAAUUCUAAUCCGACUGUCACGCCCUGGCUCUGGGACUCUGUUAUGUUGAGCCAGGGUGUGUUGUUUCUUUGUGUUUUGUAUGCUAGGGUGAUAUUCUAGUGCUUGUGAUUCUAUUUUGGCCGGGGUGGUUCUCAAUCAGAGGCAACGUGAAUCAGCUGUUGCUUGUUGUCUCUGAUUGGGAACCAUACUUAGGCAGCCGUUUGGGCAUUGUCAUGUGUGGGAUCUUGUUCCGUAUGGUUUGUUUUGUAACCAAGGACUUCACGUUUCGUAUCGUUUGUUGUUUUGUUCGUGUGGAUCAUUUAAAAAAGAAAGUAUGUUCACAUUCCACGCUGCGCAUUGGUCCACUUCCUCCGACGAUCGUGACACCGACGAGCACUUGGACAGUCAUAGUAGCGUUUGUGGUUGCACACCUGUACUCCAGCCAUUUGAACAGUAAUUGUAAAGACUGAGCACAUUGUAACAGGGCACCCUUGAAGCUCAAGCAUUAAUAAGGGUAUUUUUGAACAACGCUGUUGAAAUGAAAUUCUCGGUGUGCAACCCCAGUAAAGGCACUUCCUGUCUGUGUGGAUCAGGAUCAAAGGAAACAAUAACAGACAGAGGGGAGGAUAGACGCACAUUUAUUUGUCCUAUUAUCUACAUAUUCCCUACAUAGUGCACUUCUUUUGACCAGGACCUAUAGGUUGUCAUCAAUAAAACAUCACAAUAAGGUGCAGAGCGUUUGAUUUGCCUGCUUGGGGGCAAGGAGACCCAAACUCUGCUAAAACCAUUGACAACUGAGUGCUGUUUUCAAGGGAGUGUUAAAUAUACAGUACCAGUCAAAGGUUUGGACACACCUACUCAUUCAAGGCUUUUUCUUUAUUGUUACAAUGUUUUACAUUGUAGAAUAAUAGUGAAGACAUCAAAACUAUGAAAUAACACAUAUGGAAUCAUGUAGUAACCAAAAAAGGGUUUAACAAAUCAAAAUAUAUUUUAGAUUUUAGAUUCUUCAAAGUAGCCACCCUUUGCCUUGAUGACAACUUUGCACACUCUUGGCAUUCUCUCAACCAGCUUCACCUGGAAUGCUUUUCCAACAGUCUUGAAGGAGAUCCUACAUAUGCUGAGCACUUGUUGGCUACUAUUCCUUCAUUUUGCAGUCCAACUCAUCCCAAACCAUCUCAAUUGGGUUGAGGUUGGGUGAUUGUGGAGGCCAGGUCAUCUGAUGCAGCACUCCAUCACUCUCCUUCUUGGUCAAAUAGCCCUUACACAGCCUAGAGGUGUGUUGGGUCAUUGUCCUGUUGAAAACAAAUGAUAGUCCUACUAAGCCCAAACAAGAUGGGAUGGCCUUUCGGUGCAGAAUGCUGUGGAAGCCAUGCUGGUUAAGUGUGCCUUGAAGUCUAAAUAAAUCACUGACAGUGUCACCAGCAAAGCACCCCCACACCAUCACACCUCCUCCUCCAUGCUUCAUGGUGGGAACCACACAUGCGGAGAUCAUCCAUUCACCUACUCUGCGUCUCACAAAGACACGGCGGUUGGAACCCAAAAUCUCCAAUUUGGACUCAUCCAACCAAAGGACAGAUUUCCACCGGUCUAAUGUCCAUUGCUUGUGUUUCUUGGCCCAAGCAAGUCUCUUCUUAUUAUUGGUGUCCUUUAGUUGUGGUUUCUUUGCAGCAAUUCGACCAUGAAGGCCUGAUUCACACAGUCUCCUCUGAACAGUUGAUGUUGAUAUGUGUCUGUUACUUGAACUCUGUGAAGCAUUUAUUUGGGCUGCAAUUUCUGAGAUGCAAUUAACUCUAAUGAACUUAUCCUCUGCAGCAGAGGUAACUCUGGGUCUUCCAUUCCUGUGGCGGUCCUCAUGAGAGCCAGUUUCAUCAUAGCGCUUGAUGGUUUUUGCGACUGCACUUGAAGAGACAUUCAAAGUCCUUGACAUUUUACGGACUGACUGACCUUCAUGGCUUAAAGUAAUGAUGGACUGCCGUUUCUCUUUGCUUAUUUGAUCUGUUCUUGCCAUAAUAUGGACUUGGUCCAAAUAGGGCUACUUCUGUAUACCACCCCUACCUUGUAACAACACAACUGAUUGGCUCAAACACUUUAAGAAGGAAAGACAUUCUACAAUUUAACUUUUAACAAGGCACAGCUGUUAAUUGAAAUGCAUUCCAGGUGACUACCUCAUGAAGCUGGAUGAGAGAAUGCCAAGAGUGUGCAAAGCUGUCAUCAAGGCAAAGGGUGGCUACUUUGAAGAAUCUCAAAUAUAAAAUAUAUUUUGAUUUGUUUAGCACUUUGUUGGUUACUACAUGAUUACAUAUGUGUUAUUUCAUAGUUUGUACAAUGUAGAAAAUAGUAAAAAUAAAGAAAAACCCUGGAAUUAGUAGUUGUGUCCAAAUUUUUGACUGGUACUGUAUGUUAAAUCCAUUGACAACAGUUUGCAGUUUUCAAGGGAUUGUUAAAUAAAUGUUAACUUUGGUUGUAAUAUCAUCACCUCUUGAAAAGCAUAGUCAGAAUAUUAUUUUUUUCUCCCAUUAUUCCAUGCAAAACAAUUGUGCACAUUUAGCUCUAUCAUAAGAAUUAUACAGCAAUUAACUGCAUGCUUUUCAUUAUCAGUAAACAUCAAUUGAUCAUGUAAUUUCAGAUAUGUGAGGGUAGCCUUACGAUAUCGCUCAAUAUUGGCCACCAUUAAUUGGAUAUUUGAGUGAUAUAAAAUAAAAGUGAACUCUACCUGACAAAUAUGAGUGGUUUAGGUCAAUUACCCAUCCUUUGUGGGCUUUGCCUGUCAAGCUACCGGUAUAAACUUUAUACAGUGUGCUAAACAUAAUGAUAAGUAGACCUAAUGUACUUUUUAACAACCAACAUAGGCCUACCUAGUGAAGUUAGCUAACAUUCUCUCUUUUUCAACAUUGUUUUUAAGAGUGUUUAAUCAUGAUUGCUGCUGACAGACAUGAUAGGCUACAUUGAUUGAUGGACCACUAGACAUUGGCUAGCUAGCUAAUAACAGAUUACGUCAAUAUGGCUAGUUAACAAGCUAACUUUCAGGGGAUAAACCAGAUGGUAUAUUUGCUUGCCAUCUAUAGGGGUGAUGACAGCAGUCCUACUGACUACUUUACCAGGACCAAAAGCCUAAUCUCUGAUGAAGCAAGCUAAACGACACAUGUUGUUUGCUUAGCUAGCUACCUGCCAAAUGGAUAGUCUACCCUACGUAUCUGAAAAUACAUGAUCAAUUAAGGUUUACUCCGACAUUGCUCGAUCUAAUAUUUAUAUAUUUCUUAAUUCCAUUCUUUUACUUUUAGAUUUGUGUGUAUUGUUGUGAAUUGUUAGAUACUACUGCACUGUUGGAGCUAGGAACACAAGCAUUUCGCUACACCCGCAAAAACAUCUGCUAAUAAUUUGUAUGUGAUCAAUAAAAUUUGAUUUGAUUUGAUGAUAUAGCUAAAUGUGGAAUAAUUGGAAAUGUGUAGUUCUGACUAUAUUCUUCAUGAGGUGAUGAUAUUAAAAUUGAAUAGUUAUAACAUUUAUUCAACAACAGUGGUGAACCGUGACUAUAGGACCUAGGCCUUCUGAGGGACCAAAAAUCUUCCAAUAUAUUGUAUCAAAUAAGAAAAUAACAGAACACAACACUUAAUGCGCCCAACAUUAUAUCUUCUGUAGUCAGUAGUCAGACCAUUCUAAUUCUAGUGAAGGAGGAGCAAUACUUUUUGAUGACAUUAUGAAGGAAUCAAACAGGCCUGGCCGCGCUUCGGGCUGCUGCACACACAGAGACAGAACUGGCAUGGAUACAACAUGACACACAGCAUCAAAUGAUGCACUGUUUACACAACUUAUGGUAGCCAACACCACUAUCACACUAUCACUAAUAGCGACAACAACAGUGUCACAUCAAAGGUGACAGGCUCAUGGUGCUGAAAGGACAGCGACCGUAAUACCUGUGCACUCCAUGGCGCUGAAGGAGAGCCAGUUUUGGUCAAACACAUAGACACGGCUGAUAGACAGGCGACAGCAGUCACACACAGCAUCAAAUCAUGUUAAAGAAUAAGCAGCCCAUUUACUCCAGUAGGCCCCAUGAGAUCAUACCUGAUUGGGUAAUUUUUUCUAUUCAAUAUUAAUCCUUCUCUUUCCAACACAAACUGAAGAGAUGAAAUCAGACAAUGAUUAUAAUUAUUGUGAAGAUGAAAUAGAAAAUUAAAAUGAAUUGUAAUUAAAAAAUGUACACAUUUUAUAAAUCCUUAGGCCUUCUCUGACGGUUCCCCACUGUUUAACAAUUCGUUGAAAAUGGCACGUAGUUGUCAAUUGUUUUAGCGGAGCUGGGGGUCUCCUUGUCCCCCAGCUGCCAAAUUGAAUGCUCUGCACCGUAUUGUGAUGGUGGCCUGAAAGGAUGGAAGUUCAACAUGUAGCUAGAUGUAGUAGGCUAAUGUUAACUAGCUGGCCUGGCGCAUCAUUGCCCAUUAAAGGAAGUUAGCCAGGUAGCCUACCACAACAAAAACUAAAAGCGUGUACAGUAUGACAGAGUCAUAGACCAUUUAGGCAACAUGAAAGAGGAGGAUGGCAUUGGCAUUUCUCUACAAGUAGGGUGAGUCAACAUGUUUUUUUUCUACUUGCAAGUAAGCACGCAUGCAUACACACAGAAAUCAGUACCAUGGACAGCCACAUCAUAUUUAGCUUACGUUUAUUGGACUAAAUAGUUGUUGUUAUCUUUUAGUUGUCACUGUAUUAGACUAAGCAUAGGUGAUUAGAUAAUGUUGAAAUGCUGACGUUGAAAUGGUGCUGGAUUAGUGGAGGCAGCGCCUGUUUUCUUUGUGACUUGCGGUAACUCUCAGUGGUUCUAAAUCAAUAGUUGUUUAGUAAUCCGAAAAUGGAAACAUUAACUUGCUUGACCAUGCUGUAGGUAAUUUAACUGUUUGUUACAUGCAAUAUGUUUUGUGGACUUCACCAGACAGAUGUUGCGCUCCGGUUUUGUGAUGAAACAAAGGUGUGGUUGAAUUUAUUCUGCCACUGUGUCUUCUUAUUUUCUCAGCCUUAGGUGUCAAGGCAUAUUAUUGAAUUAACAGGUUAUAGAGCAAACAACGGAAUUAUCACAUCACAUAGGUUGUAAUAUGGCUUUUUUCCCCCUGGCUUGACUUCCCCUGGGAUUUUAUCCACACACCGCUACUGUUGAUAAAACCUAUUAGGUUUAGGUUGCCAUUUGGGACCCAGUCAAAAUGAACAAUUACUGCUCCUCUCGCCUGGCCUCCACGCCACCGUCUUCCUCCCCCAUCAUGCACCGGUAAUGAUCAAAGCCAUAUGAGGGAAGAAAUCUCACAUGGAUUUUAGUCAGGAGAGUUAUAGGUUAAAAUCAAUCAUCUGUGAUGAAAUCAAUAUGUUUCUUUCAAGGAAUAUGGCAUUUUUACUGAGUACAUUUUAGGUUUAUGAUCAGGAAGAAGUUGUUGUUCAUUUAGGAUAAUGAUGUACAGAUCAAUCUUUUGAACACUCUUUUUGUUGCUGAGAAUUUUCCUGCACUGCAGGAAAUGCAAACUUGUAGUGCAAACUGUUCAUCAUCUUCAAGUGAACAUGAUACGGAGUCAUUUAUCAGCAACUACACUGAGCCAGAAUUUGUCCCCCCUAGAAAAGCAAACCGUCAUUGAGCUAAUUAAUUCUUUAGCCAGCUUCUCUCCGUUUGAUUUGUAAGUUAUUAGAUUAAGCUGUCAAGAUGUGAUUUAAUAAGCAUGACAAGUUAGGGAAUUUAUAAGUAUCGUUUCAAUCAUAUGGUCUUUUGACAAUAAAGUUGAUUACAUCAAACCCUACUUUGAGGGUAAGGAAUAUGCAUCCAAACCAAAAGAUAUGAAGGACCACUUUUUCCUAGUCAUUUUUCUGCUUUUCCCAUUCUAUUUGCUAAAGUUAUUGCUUAUUGAAAGCAAAGUCAUUUUACAGUCACCAUUGUAACUUUUUACUGCAAUUGAUCGUGGUUUAAUAGGAUAAUAAUUAUCAUAGCAUUAUUCAUCAAAAAAACAUCUAAAUCAGAGCAAAUUCUCUAUAGAAACACCUGCACUGUAAUCUGUUACAUCAGUAUAAACACAUUAGACAACUCAUUCCUUUUAUAAGGACUUCCAUUGGAAGGCAGCGCUGAGAGUUCACACUAGCGCCAAUAUUUAAUUAACAGCUCGAUCAAACCUGAUGAAAUAGAUUUAUUCUAAUGUCGCAGGCUCUUCAGAGCAGGGGUUUAAAGCUGCUGGCCUAGAGGGCUGUCCUAAUGUGACCCUAUAAUCACGCUUGUCACGCCACCGUUAUUUAAUAUUUGUUCAUAUAGUUGAGCAUACUGUACAGGAUUUUAAAGAGCGAUGGCAAGCCGCCCAAUGACUUGAAUUUCAUUAAAUCCAAUCAAUAGUGUAUAAUUAACGCCAGAGAGAGGACUACAGUAUCAUGUAAUGCACAGAAUGUUUAUCUGCCGUGGCCUAGGGUGGUCUAAUGGUCUAAGCCGCUGCCUCUGGAUCACAUAUACAGCUGAAGCAUGGGUUCAAAUACAGCCAUCUGCUAUUUGCUGUAUCUUUCCUCUCUCUCUAUCCUGUCCAAUACACCAAAAAAUUAAAUAUUGUCUAUCCGCUGUGCUGUGAUGAGUUACAACGGCUAAACUAUCAAUGAGAAUGUCUAAUAAUCAUUAUGAUUAUUGGUUGAUUAUGUGUAAUAUAAUAUGCCAUAUAUAUGCUAUUUAUAUGCGCGCAAGCCGUGCAUUCAUUUUUGUAUGGGUGGGCCCAGCGUGAAUCGAACCCAAAAGCGCCAUGCUCUACCAACUGAGCCACACAUGACCAGUAACCCAACCAGCAACCUUACCUAACCGUAUGUAUCUGUGUUUGUUCCCACCAUAGAUGUUUGACUGGAUCAGUCACAAUAAGGAAGUGUUCCUGCAGAGCCACACAGAGAUCGGAGUCAGCUACCAGCACGCCGUGGACCUCCAGACGCAGCACAAUCACUUUGCCAUGAAUUCUAUGGUAUGUGGGGACUAUGUGGUUUGUGAGGACUAUGUGGUGUGUGAGGACUAUAUGGGGUGUGGGGACUAUAUGGGUUGUGGGGACUAUGUGGGGUGUGGGGACUAUAUGGGGUGGGUGUGAGGACUAAAGUGUGUGAGGACUAAAGUGUGUGAGGACUAUGUGGUGUGUGAGGACUAUAUGGUGUGUGGGGACUAUAUGGUGUGAGAGGACUAUGUGGUGUGUGAGGACUAUGUGGUGUGUGGGGACUAUGUGGUGUGUGGGGACUAUAUGGUGUGUGGGGACUAUAUGGUGUGAGAGGACUAUGUGGUGUUUGAGGACUAUGUGUUGUGUAAGGACUGUUUGUGGUUUGUGAGGACUUUCUGUGGUGUAUGGGGUUGGGGGAUGUAAUAAUAUAGAUGACAUCAAUACUCCUUGAGUCAUGGCUCAGUAAUUUCACUUUGUAUGAGUAAGAGCGGAAUUAUUGAAAGACAGACUGGCUGAAGUUCGAGGAGCGGGUCAAAAGGCCUUUCAAUUACUGUAUUAGUAUUUCAAAUAGGGUUGUAAAAGAAACAUGCUCGUACAGCUACCAUUGAUGUUGUGGAGGCCACUGGCUAUGGAGAGCAGAAGUCAGUUUUGCAUAUGAACACACACACUCAGGUUAUUAUUGCUCAACUGAAAUAGCAGGCUACUUCUUCAAUGUUGAUUUGAUUUCCUCUGGUUCUAAAAUUACUGUUAGGAUGUUUCCCAAAUGGCACCCUGUUUUCUAUAUGGCCUUGGUCUUAAGUAGUGCACUAAAUAGGGAAUAGGGUGCCUUUUGAGAUACACCUUAGAAUAGGGAAUUACCUCCACUGCAGUUUUCCUCUGACAGAAUGAAGACAUGUUUGAUACUAUUUGGAUAAAUCGAGCCACAGUGCUGUGAAAAAGUAUUUGCCCCCCUUCUAAUUUUCUCUACUUUUCAAUAUUUUUUAUACUGAAUGUUAUCAGAUCUUCAACCAAAACCUAAUAUGAGAUAAGGGGAACCUGAGUGAACUAAUAACAGGAAGCGUUUGGUUGGAGUCAUUGCAGCUGAAGGUGGCACAACCAGUUAUUUCGUUAUUUUUUCACACAGGGGAAUUGGGUGUUGCAUAACUUUGUUAAUUCAAUAAAUCAAAUAAGUAUAUAUUUUUGUGUUAUUUGUAAACUCAGGUUUCCUUUAUCUAAUAUUAGGUUCUGGUUGAAAUUCUGAUCAUAUUCAGUAUAAAAAAAUAUGCAAAAAUAGAGAAAAUCAGAAAGGGGGCAAAUCAGUUUUCACGGCACUGUAUGUACCAAACACUAGCCAAGAGACACACCACACGCACAUGCACAUUUUAAUGGCAUGGAAUGUCCUUUUAGCACCUAGCCUACAAUUAUUUAUUUAUUUUUAAUUUAGGGGGGUAGAUCAGCUUUAAUAUUAUACAUAGAUUAUGGCUUCCAUCAGUGUAAUUGUCUGCAUCAUUUCCAAUAUAUCGUUUUUAGUAAAUAUAUAUAAAAUAUAUAUAUUUUAAUAUAUUUUCCUUUAUUAUUUUCCCCUAAUCCUACCACACUUCCCCUACAUGGAGUAAACUAAUGGACAACAACGCUUCUACUUCCAGCUUAUACAUACGAAAUACAUUUUACGGACACAGUAUAUUUUUACAAUACUUAUCUUUUGUUUGUUUUUAGUCCCAUCCUAGCCUACUAUUGCCAUUUUCUGCCUUGAUUCUCAAUGUGUGAUCUUUUUAUUGUAUUUUCUUUACAAUAAAAAACCUCCACACUUACAGAGGCAGCUUGGCUCUCAUUGAAGAACCACUCUCUCUCGCUCUCUCACUCUCUCACUCUCUCUCACUCUCUCUCUCCCCCCCCACACUCUCUCUCUUGCUCCCCCCACUCUCUUUCUCUCUCUCUCUCUCUCUCUCUCUCCUCUCUCUCUCUCUCUCUCUCUCUCUCUCUCUCUCUCUCUCUCUCUCUCUCUCUCUCUCUCUCUCUCGCUCUCUCUCUCUUGCUCUCUCUUGCUCCCCCCCACUCUCUCUCUCUCUCCCCCUCUCUGUGCUCAUACAGACUCCUAAAUCAUGCUGUUAUUAUGUUUUGACGUGAGUCUUGGCUCAGCAUGUUCAGCAUGCAGCUACCUUGUCUGAACGUAGUUCAUUAAGCCCUGCUUUAAACCAACGAGCUGUUCGUUUUGAUGGCUUCAUUAGUAGUUCUAAUCAGGUUAGCGGUAAAUAAAGCCCACGGUGGCUGCAUCAUGUGAAGCUGAUAAAUGGUUGUGCCUAAAGCGGCCAGAGAUGAUAAAACUCCCGUAGUGGAGGGAUGGAUGGGUGGGUUUUGGGGACUACAGAGCCAUAUGGCAGCACAUAGGAAUAUCUGUCUGUGUGUGUGUGUGUGUGUGUGUGUGUGUGUUUGUGUGUUUGUGUGGGAGUGUCAAAGACAUCAGGGGUGGCCUGCCAGAGAGAGAGAGCGAUUCAGUCAAAGCUUCAGAAUUCUGUCACGCUUGUUGUCGCUAAGCUCUACACCAUCAUUUCAUGCCGGACUGGCUCUCGGGUCAUACAGUAUCUUUUGUAGCAUUGAAUGUUUGGCUAAUAAGCAAUACUACAUUGCUAGCUAUAGCUAGACACGCCACAGAGACCUAGAUUUCUUAGUUUGCUUGUCCACUUGGAUUCAGUCAUCUCUAUGUUUGAAUAAGGAGCAAAUAGAUCCUGAAAUAAAUUAAAAAUGUCCUGAAUUUAAUGAAAUAUGUCCUGAAUUAAAUUAUAUAGACCCCUCAAACUCCACUCUGGACCUCGAAGCCAGUUCCACUUCUUUUUUUCAGGGACUGAUUAGACCUGGGACACCAGGUGGGUGCAAUUAAUUAUCAGGUAGAAUAGAAAACCAGCUCCGGACCUCGUAGGGUAAGAGUUGAAUACCCCUAAUAUAGACCCUGAAUCUUUUCCCAUAAUAUAUUAUGUCUUCUCUAUGUGUGUCACUCCCUCGGUGCAGAAUGCCUAUGUGAACAUCAACCGGAUCAUGUCGGUGGCGUCACGCCUGUCGGAGGCGGGCCACUACGCCUCGCAGCAGAUCAAACAGAUCUCGGCCCAGCUGGACCAGGAGUGGAAGAGCUUUGCCGCCGCCCUGGAUGAACGCAGCACCAUCCUGGCCAUGUCGGCCGUCUUCCACCAGAAGUCGGAACAGGUUGGCAAUAGACAGUAGGCCUACGGGCUGCAACCCUCAUACUGUUGUCACUCAGUCACAUAGCCCUGAAUCCUACCUAACUUUAAGUCUGAGCACAUAACUCAGACCUUUGUGUAAAGCAUGUACUGAUGUCAAAGGGAGAUUUGCAUGACAAUUCAAGCAUUGCAUGAACGCUAUGAACAUCCUUCAAGCCCACAGGCCGUCUGAGAGAGAUUGGAAUGUCAGUGUUGUCCUGUAUUUCUCUGGCUGUUGCCUGUUGCUGUGUAGAGGUAGUUAAGAUAGACCUGCGUUUCCUUGGCAGCAGCUGCUAUGAUGCAGAGUGUUUGGGGCUACAGGUGUGCCUGUCGGCUGUAGACUAUGCUGCUUUACAGAGAGCCAGGCAGGCAGGCGGGGUCCGGGGUUACCUCAGCCUCUCGUAAAGAGGGUCUGCCUCCCUUCCUCCCUCCCUGCCGGCCUCUGUCUAUGGAAUUACUCCCAGGGCUCUGUUGAUUGCUCUAUCUGUAUCUGUUAUGUUGUGUGAAUGUGUCUCCUGGCCUGUGUUCAUACAGUUCCUGGCUGGGGUGGAGGCCUGGUGUAAGAUGUGCAGUGAGGGGGGGCUGCCCUCGGAUAUGCAGGACCUGGAGCUGGCCAUCCACCACCACCAGACCCUCUACGAACAGGUGACCCAGGCCUAUACCGAGGUGAGACACCCUCACAACAAAAACCAGGGUUGGGGUGAAUUCCAUUUAAAUUCCAGUCAAUUCAGGAAGGACACUAAAAUUCCAAUUAUUUUCAAUGCUUUUCAAUUAGGAAUUGGAAAAUUUGGAAUUGGAAUUUGGUUUACUUUCUGAAUUUACUGGAAUUGAUAUGGUAUUGUCCCCAACCCUGACACUCACCCAGUUAGAGCACUAACUAAACUCAGGUUUAUAGUGGCAUUCUGUGCUAGUUUAAGAUCCCACCACAUAGCUUUUAAGGGGAAUGACCACAAUUGUAAUCCCCCUUUUAUAUGCCAUAUACAGUGGGGAAAAAAAGUAUUUAGUCAGCCACCAAUUGUGCAAGUUCUCCCACUUAAAAAGAUGAGAGAGGCCUGUAAUUUUCAUCAUAGGUACACGUCAACUAUGACAGACAAAAUGAGAAAAAAAUAUCCAGAAAAUCACAUUGUAGGAUUUUAAAUUAAUUUAUUUGCAAAUUAUGGUGGAAAAUACAUAUUUGGUCAAUAACAAAAGUUUCUCAAUACUUUGUUAUAUACCCUUUGUUGGCAAUGACACAGGUCAAACAUUUUCUGUAAGUCUUCACAAGGUUUUCACACACUGUUGCUGGUAUUUUGGCCCAUUCCUCCGUGCAGAUCUCCUCUAGAGCAGUGACGUUUUGGGGCUGUCGCUGGGCAACACGGACUUUCAACUCCCUCCAAAGAUUUUCUAUGGGGUUGAGAUCUGGAGACUGGCUAGGCCACUCCAGGACCUUGAAAUGCUUCUUACAAAGCCACUCCUUCGUUGCCCGGGCGGUGUGUUUGGGAUCAUUGUCAUGCUGAAAGACCCAGCCACGUUUCAUCUUCAAUGCCCUUGCUGAUGGAAGGAGGUUUUCACUCAAAAUCUCACGAUACAUGGCCCCAUUCAUUCUUUCCUUUACACGGAUCAGUCGUCCUGGUCCCUUUGCAGAAAAACAGCCCCAAAGCAUGAUGUUUCCACCCCCAUGCUUCACAGUAGGUAUGGUGUUCUUUGGAUGCAACUCAGCAUUCGUUGUCCUCCAAACACGACGAGUUGAGUUUUUACCAAAAAGUUAUAUUUUGGUUUCAUCUGACCAUAUGACAUUCUCCCAAUCCUCUUCUGGAUCAUCCAAAUGCACUCUAGCAAACUUCAGACGGUCCUGGCUUAAGCAGGGGGACACGUCUGGCACUGCAGGAUUUGAGUCCCUGGCGGCAUAGUGUGUUACUGAUGGUAGGCUUUGUUACUUUGGUCCCAGCUCUCUGCAGGUCAUUCACUAGGUCCCCCCGUGUGGUUCUGGGAUUUUUGCUCACCGUUCUUGUGAUCAUUUUGACCCCACGGGGUGAGAUCUUGCGUGGAGCCCCAGAUCGAGGGAGAUUGUCAGUGGUCUUGUAUGUCUUCCAUUUCCUAAUAAUUGCUCACACAGUUGAUUUAUUCAAACCAAGCUGCUUACCUAUUGCAGAUUCAGUCUUCCCAGCCUGGUGCAGGUCUACAAUUUUGUUUCUGGUGUCCUUUGACAGCUCUUUGGUCUUGGCCAUAGUGGAGUUUGGAGUGUGACUGUUUGAGGUUGUGGACAGGUGUCUUUUAUACUGAUAACAAGUUCAAACAGGUGCCAUUAAUACAGGUAACGAGUGGAGGACAGAGGAGCCUCUUAAAGAAGAAGUUACAGGUCUGUGAGAGCCAGAAAUCUUGCUUGUUUGUAGGUGACCAAAUACUUAUUUUCCACCAUAAUUUGCAAAUAAAUUCAUUAAAAAUCCUACAAUGUGAUUUUCUGGAUUUUCUUUUCUCAAUUUGUCUGUCAUAGUUGACGUGUACUUAUGAUGAAAAUUACAGGCCUCUCUCAUCUUUUUAAGUGGGAGAACUUGCACAAUUGGUGGCUGACUAAAUACUUUUUUUCCCCACUGUAUAUUUUCAAGAAUACGAUGGUUGUUCAAAGACUGUCAUAAGUUAUCUAAACAUUAUCAUAAGCAAUCUAAACAUGGAUAUACACUGUACAUACCUUUGAAAUAUUGCCCUUAAAUUAAAAAAAAUCCUUAAAUCAGAUCUUUCCAGACACAAAACUCUUUCAUUACCAUUUUUACCUGUACUACAGUUUUAUAUCAAAUAUGACCUUUACCCGCCACAUUGAAUCCAUCUGAAUUGCACCAUGAGUGACACAUGGUAUGUUAUACAUUAUGAGGACCACUGUCCUUCCAUGUCAGAUUUACUUCCCACAGAAGAUCCUGUAUGAUAAUAGGUUUGUGGUUCUGUAGCAUUUCACAAGAUGCCUCUGCUUUCCACUGACUUCUGUCCUCCUUGCUUGUUUUAUUUUAGUGUCAUCUCUGAAAAGGUUGCUAUAAACGUCUCUGGUUUAAACUGAAAAAAUUAAGUGUUUGCUGUUCUCUUACAUAUUGUGCAACAGAUAAAGAAGAAAAAUACCCAUCCUAAUGCACCAAGAAGUGCAUGUAAUUUAGCAAUUUGCACUGGAAAUGAAAUUACAGCUUUGACCAGCUUGAUUUAGUAAGGUACAUGUGCAGCUAGAACAGAACAGAGAUGAUUAGCAAGGAACUGACUUUCAAAAUCCUUCUUUUCCUCAGACUUUUCUUUCCACAUAAUGAAACUAAGAUUUGACUGACAUGACAGACUUCAAGAUUAAUUGUGAUACUGUAUCUAAUGCCAAUAUAGAGUUGCAAAAUUCCGGGACAUUCUCAAAGUUCCCAGGUUUUCAAAAAAAUCUAGGUAGGAUGAUUCCUGAAAUCGGGAGGGAAUAAGGAGGAAAUCCGGGACUCCUCCAAAUGUGAUUUAUGGAGAACCUGGGAAUUUUGGGAAAGUUGCAACCCUACAGAUAUCAAAGGUCAAGUAGGGUGUGCUUAUAUUUGUCCUGUUUCAAGCAUGUGUGAGGUGUGAAAUUUAAAUGUAUUUUUUAUCCCAACUCCCCCUGAGACACCCUCAGAGAGUGGGGUCACUGCCAGGGAUCAGACAUUAUUGACGGCGACCAGAGCAAUUAGGGUUAAGUGCUUUGCUCAAGGGCAGAUCGGCAGAUGUUUUUCACCUUGUCAGCUCAGGGAUUUGAGCUAGCAACCUUUGGGUUACAAGCCCAACGCUCUAACUGCUAGGUUAGAGUUAGGCUAACCCUCCUAAUAUCGCGUCCCUCUCUGUCACCAGGUCAGUCAGGAUGGCAAGGCCCUGCUGGAUGUCCUCCAGAGACCACUGAGCCCGGGGAACUCAGAGUCUUUGACGGCCACAGCCAACUACUCCAAGGCAGUCCACUGUAUCCUGGAUGUGGUCCACGAGGUCCUGCACCACCAGAGGCGUCUGGAGAGCAUCUGGCAGCACCGGAAGGUCCGCCUCCACCAGAGGCUACAGCUCUGUGUGUUCCAACAGGAC